CACAGAUAUGCCAUUUUCCAUCACGAUCGUCCCGUACUUUAAGAAUAUUUUCAGGAAAAUAUUUUCCCCCCGGAAAUAGCUUAAAAUAUUUCUUGUUGCCUUUCAUUUUAAAUUCGUAUUUGUAACGCUAUUUCUGUACGUUGCUCUUCAUAAACGUCUAAUUACUGAAACUUUCUUCACUUUACUAUACAGUAGAUGAAGGAACAGUCCAUAUAAAAGACUCUAUCAAUGCACGUUUUACAAGGGAUACAAGAAACAACAAUCACGUAACUAUGUUUUUAAAGUGGACCGAUGUUACUUGGAAAAAUGCGGAGAAAAUCACGUAUUUUAAAGUUCAGAUAAGAAAUGGCGGAUCGGUGAUCUUGAGAGAAUAUGUUAGCGCAUUCUCCAAUGUAAGUGAUUGGUCGCAAAUGCACUGCCUUACCGCUGUUCAACGCUGAUCCUUUUUUAUUUAAUUAAUGGACAUGUAUUAGUAUAUAGUUGUGUUAUUUACGAGUAGGUGCAAUUUGUUGAAAAUCUCAAUGCUAAAAAAUAUUUCCUCAUCAUCUGCGCUAAUUUGAAGUAAUCGCGUAUUUUUUAGGAAAAAUUCUGUUUGACAUUUAGAAAGUCGAGAGUGUUCACUCAACUAUAUACUUGACGAAUUUAUAAAUCGUAAUUAUGCUGUCCCUUCUCGAUUGAUCUACAUUAAGACCAAUUUGGAAUCAUAGAUAAAAAAUAAAGACAUGUCAGCCGCUAGAUUUAGCUUUAGCUCUAGCCCUGUCGAUUUGUUUGCUUUUAGAUUAUUUAAUGUCAAACGCACACUUUGUGCAUCGAUCUAUGGAAAUUCGAAUCCCGUGUUAAAGUGUUUCUUACCAUGGGAGAAUUGAGUGACUGCAAGUCACAAUGAUUUCUCAACUCUGCAAUAAGUUCUGAGUCAGUUAUAACGUUAUCAUACACCUUUUAAUAUAAGCGGUUUAUUUCUAAUCAAAUACAAGGAUUUUUAUGUCUUGGUAUACUUACGGUUCCGAAUUGUGUUAGUAUAAAAUUCGGAUUUAAUUUUACGCGUAUAAAUAUUAACUAAUUCGUAGAGAUUUUUAUUUUCGUUUACGGAAGUAUACUUCAUAUAUUUUACGCACAUGCAUGCUUCCCAUUUUCACUAUAAUGACUGAAGACGCCUGGCUAACCUCGCCUCUCUAUAUUCUCUUCAGCUGUGGUAACUUACAUUCUGAAGAAUUGUUGCACGAAUCCUGGCUUUAGACGCAUGGUUUUAUUUUUUUUCAAAAAGUAAUGCGUAUCGGUCCUUCGCAGCAGAUUAGCUGGUACAAUGUGUGCACGAGCCGAAUCGGUCUAACAACAGAUCACAAUAAUCGGUUUCAUUGCAUCGUGGACACAAUUUCCUGCACAUGUGUCAACGUGCGAUUUUGGAGUUCAAUUGGGCCAUCUCAUCAAAAGGAUAUGCUCUCGUACGAGUUUUAGUUAUGCAUGGCCAUGAUGUUACAAAUGUCGAACAUCAGGCUUUUUUAUUAUUUUUUUUAUUAUUUUUAUUAUUUAUUAUUAUCAUCUAAAUAUAUUUAAACACGGUGGCCUUUCACUUGUGUGAAUUUCAAAGGUUAUUAUUGAAGUUCGACCAUUGAUCCGACUGACAUGCAGAGUUUUGCACGGUUACCCAUCUUGAUAAUUAUAUUUUCCUGAGCGUAUACAUUUAAUUUAUUUGCACGAUUGCAAGGAAACAGAAAACCAAUGGAACUGAUACCUUUCAUGAAGACGUAUAAACCAAUCGGCCAUAUCUUUGUUGUGUUAAUUUUUUGCAUUGUUCUGUUCAUUUUAUUGUCAGGUUUCUCGAUAUAGCAAGACGAUUUUCAACUUAACCUAUGGAACGAACAAUUAUCUAAGCGUAUGUACCAUGCUUACAAUAUUUUAUUAGACUUUUAGACGAACGGUUCAACGACGAACAGCUAACCGGCAAACCGCAGUUUGCGGGACAGUCGUACUUGGCCAGCCGCGUCUUUAAUUAAUAACAUCGAAUGUUUUCGACAUUUAAAAUAUGAAUUGGUACAAUUAUUAUUAGACAUUUAAAAUACGAAUUGGUACCAUUAUUGGUUAUUUGACAUUUAAAAUAUGAAUUGGUACCUAAAUUAGGAUAUAUUGGUGAACAUAACGCGUUUCCAUUUUUAUGAGUUUGUUGCAUGCACUACGAUACGUUUAUUUAAAUUAACAUCGGGUCGUCCUCAAACGCGGAUGCUGAAACGGAAUUUGUGAACAAUAUCUUAAUCAUAAAUCGUAAUUAAAUUACUUCAAAGUUUUCAUUUGAGGAAUAUGUAUAGUAUUAAUAGCCAUGGACUAUAAGUCAUAUUUGUCAUGACAAAAUAAUAAUAACAGUUUUAUAGUAGGCAUAAACUAUUACAAUAAUAGUAAUGAAUAUUAUACACGAAUACUUUUAGUAGUCGGGGAAUAUUCAACAAUUAGACAACGAAGCCGAGUUGACAACGAGGCUGAGUUGUCUAAUUGUUUUAGUAUAAACCACAUAAACAAAACGAAAUUUCUCACUUGAUUUUCAUGUAAAACAAUAACGUUUUAACGAAAUGUGCGUUUAAAUGGCUUCCUUUGGCGACAUUUUACAUUUCGCCUCGACUUUGUUGACAACUACUCAGUGUUGCGAACUCCCAAGAAUAACUUGAAAAAUACAACUUGUGAGUUGUAAAAAAGUUAAAAAACAUGUGGUAAAACAGCAUAGUAUAAGAGACUGUUAUAGAAGCCAAGUUUGGUUAAUUAAAACUUAUUAAGAAGAAGGAAACAAGGUUUAAAAAGUGCAAAAUAUGGAACACAAAAUGGCUCCCCGAACUGUUACUAAACAAGACUCUCAAAAGAGCGUUGACUCGCUGGGGCUAAUGGGUAGACUUGGUUCAAGUCCGUCUCUCAGCGCAAGCGGUCAAAACCUAAUGGGCUGCCUAAAGUGAUACACUUGUCAGAUCACAGUGAUGGUACAUUGGUACUACAAUCAUAUGGCCAAUUGAAGAGUUAAUUGUGAUCUGUCGCCUGUUGAAAAAUUGCGGUGUCCCACCGAUAUCACUAAUAGCCUACUAGUAGCGUAGCCAAUCAGAACGCACGAUACGUGAUACUAAAACUGUCUGUACCAGUGUGGGUAGUACCAAUGUGAAAAUGCUGUGCUAAGUGGUUAUAUUACUACUUUAAAAAAUAAGCAGCGAAGGCCCUUCGUCAAGAGUUAGUAGCAGGGAUCGGGGAAAAUGCCAAUUAGAUGGAUUUAAUCGUAACAAAGUGUAAACAAAAUAUGUAAAUAGCCAAUGUAAAGCAUGCCACAUCUGCUACAAGAAAUGCAGUAAAUGAGAUGGGAGGAGGCGCACGUUAAAUGCUACUUGAUGUGAUAUUCAGAUUUAGGUGCCGAAACAAUGGUGGUAGAAACUGCAAAAUCACAGGGUUUACAUUUCGACGACAGACAAGAAAAAGUGCCUUUCUGUAACGCUGAAGCCUGUGAAUUCUUGUUGAUGACAUCUCUAACUUUGAAAUUGAAAGGAUGAUAAUUUAAUACUAUGGGGAUUUUGUUGUUGCCCGUGACAUCAGACACAAGGUCUGUGAGGGUGUCAGAACGGGGAAUUUGGGAGGCCUUCGAAUAGGCAGUGUCUAUAAUAGAGAGGUAGGAUAGCCAUGCACGUUGGACAAAAAAGUGUCUGAUCUCCAUACUUUUGGCCUGAAAGUCUUCGUCUUCGCUGCAGACGAGUCGAAGACGAAGGAACUGAGAGAAGAGAAUCGACCUUUUGGUGUGGUUGUGGAGGGAAGAGGAAAAUAGAAGAUAGCUAUUGGAGUCAGUGGGCUUGUAGAACGCAGAAGUAAUUAGUUUGUUACCAUUGAUUGAUACAAGGAUAUCUAAGAAUGAUACACUGGUCUCAUUGAUAUCCCAUGUGAACUGAAGUGCCGGAUGGAAAUUAUUAACAAAGUUAAUAAAGCGUUCCAUUUCGACAUGAGAACAUGAUGCUGUGCCAGGACGGUCAUCUAUGUGCCCAGCAAGGUAAUCAGGGAUGAGAUCAGUGUACUGUUCCAAGGUUUGUUUUUGCCACAAACAAAUUAGCAAAGUUGGGUCCAAUUUUUGUUCCCAUGGCUAAACCACGAUAAACAUCUUAAGAUAAACAUCUUUUGGUAAUGCUCACCAUCAAAGGAAAAAUUGUUGAGCGCGAGCCUGGUUAGGGCGUUUAUCUAUAAAGAAUUUGAGAUCCUUUACACCAUUAUUAAAAUGAACAUUUCAAAACAUUUUACCAAGUGAUUCAGGUUAAAAAAAUUAAAUCAAAGCUCACAAAGCCAAGAACAACAUACCUAUACAGUACACAUUUCGAAUAUUCAUUGUUAUAUUGUUAAAAAUCAAUUACCUUUCAACUAUUUUUGCCAUGUUGUACAAAAGUAUAAUAAAAAUUAAAAUUAUUAUGUUGCCAUGGCAACACUGACGUUAACGUGAUCAUUUGCACACGCAGUGAUGGUCAGUUGGUAAUACUUCAUGUUAAAUCAAUAUUUGGAAAAAAUAUGCAAGCGGCAGCUCCAUACAUGUAUUUCUAAUGAAUGUUUAUAAAUUUCAACUCGAUAAUUUCCAUCUACAAGACCUUUCAAUAUGUGAUCUUAUAGACGCGUUCCAAUAGUACAUCGUGCCAAAUGUUGUAUGUGAAAUGACUGUGGACAUAAGAAGUGAGAAUAUUUUAAUUUUGCUAUAUAGAUAUAUGGAUAUCAUGGUGAUCACUGUCUGUCCAAAUACGUGGAAGCUUUGGAUGUUACGGGUAUAACUUACUCAUUUUGCAUUUCAUUAACAUUCUAGUAUUCACUGGGCCUAUUAUAUAAGUUCAGCUUUUCAUAGGAUGUUUUGAUUUAAUUGUUUAAGCACUUCAUUUGCAGGAAAUGGUGAGACAUUGAAAUGCAGGGAAGUUGUAUAAAAAGCUGGUUAAUUAGAUUUAGCUGUAGUUAAUGCGAAAUAUAACCAAUCACAAUCUCGCAUUUGAGAGUUAACUAUAUUAUAUAACUACAAAACGUGCAGUAUUUAAGACGUUGUACGAACGGUCUCAGAGCAAUAGCCCUAAUUGAAUACAGUCUUACAAUGACGGUUAGUCGAGUGUUCGAUAAGCAAGGCGAGCUACAAUCGAUUUGAUUCCGGCGGAUUCGAGCAGUCUAACUCUUGAAAAUUAAACGACUUUUCUAUUCCUAAAAAAAUCAUUACUCCCUAUCUAUAAGUACAUACAUGCACAGUUAAUAGAGGACAGAGUUUGGAAGGCCGGCAAACUUCAAAAGUUUUCGAGCUUAUUGAUUUCAGAUGUUGGAAAGAUAUGUCACGUGACAAUUCGGAUGCAUCGAAUUCAAAAAUUACUAGACCGUAGCAUUACAGAAAUAUGAUAUUGGGCUUAUAAAUUUUAAAAUAAAGCAUCGUUGUUCUUGUUACGGCUUCGACAAGCUCGGGUGCGGUAUACGAUUCAGAAAGCAAAAUUCUUCCAAUUAUGGGCCCUGAAGACGCAGAUAUAACAGCGGCGGCGAUUUUCAUCAAACUAUUUAGGAGCUGCAAAUCAACGCGUAUGAAUUAACUGAAGAAAUAUCGCGUUCAGUUGAAGAUUAAGUAAGUCCUUUAUACUGUGUCCAAUUAAACAAUAUGUAGUGAGAUGCCUUAGACUUAGUAUUUGACUUAUAUUUCUCGUUAGAUUGAAGCAACUCGCGUGCGAAUAUCGACGCAGUAAACACUCGAAAAAUUCUAAAGCUAGUGCUGCCAAAGGGAAAAUCAAAACUCAUCUUAUGUGACUUAUAUCAUGAGAAGGCAUUGUAGGUCGUUCGAGAUGUAGCUGGAAAAGGAAAGAAUUUUUUCAUCCAUGCAGAGAAGAUAAAGUUGUGCUUUUGAUGCUGAUGAAUAUGCCCGAAAUUUUGAUUUUGCUAACCUUCAGAUAUUCUAAAGUUAUUAUACAGGGUGUAUCAAAAAAAGCGCAAUCCUCGACUGAAAUGUAAAUUGUUAAACAAAUAAUAGACGAAAACGUUAAAGUUUACAUUCAUUUUAAAGCGUAGCCAUUCAGCUUUCUAACAGUGGGUUGUUUCUUAAAUUUGACUCAUUGGUUCGCGGGUAAUAAUACUUUACGUUAUUGCGAUUGGAGAUUAAAAAAAGUGAGAUGGAAUAACAAAUCGUUCUCAUGAAAAUAACUGAUUUUUUCAUUAAAACAAAAAAAUGUUGCAUUUUAUUAAAUGGAUUGUAACAAAGCAUAAUUACGGCUUUUCUUCCGCACUAUUUUUAACUCAGUUUGAAACUUCAAAUGCGAUAUAAUUUUGGCUUGGACCAUCUAAACUGACUGACAUCAACUUGCUAUAAUUUCUGUUUACAUUACAUCGCAAUUCGAUGACACUCUGGCUCAGACACCAGAAUGUUUUGACGAUUUUUAGCAUUCGUUUAGGAUUUUCAAACAACCUGGUCUUUUUUAAAAUACUUUUAAUUUGUUCUUACGUGGUUUUCCAGAUGUAGUGACGACAACAUUAAAGUUUAAAGAAGAAAAUUCUAACAUUUAAACCGACUAAACAAUAACAUAGUAAACUUGCAUAAUUAAACAGGAACUAAAAAUGAUAGGUUUUACUAAAUCUUUUCUUGUGCAAUUAUUACUAGCAUUGGAGACAAGGAUAAUAGUUUGUUUGAAAGAGAAAAGAACAGGCUUUGAAGUAAGCCUAAAAGCGUUUAACUAGAUCUAGUAUUUCGAAAGUUAUUAAGCACAAAAGAUGAAUUGCGUUUAUUUUGAUACACCUAGCUGUAUACACUGAAGAAACGGCAUGCUUUAUUUUAGCAGUAAAUAUUUUACUGUAUAUACGGACUUAUAGUCAAGAUAUGAAUGUUUAUUUAUGUCUUAAAUAGUAAGGCUUACGUCCAAUUGUCAAUUAUAAAUCCAGAUAUUGACCUAUUUAUUAUACAGUGAUUCAAUGUCUACUAAUAUGUGAUUUGUAAGUUUUGAUCAUUCUGUCACAUUAUCAAAAUAGAAAUUUUAUUCCCAGACUCCAUGAUAUUUCAUGACAUCUUAUAUUGGAACCCUUGCUUAUGUUGCUGGGAGGAGCCCUCAGCCAUGUGGGCACCAAUUUCAUGACUUAAUGUAUAUUGCAAGGAUUGCUGAAUCGUGCUUUAGAAAGCACACAAGAAUUGGCAAACCUAUUUCCUUUAAGUGUUGAUAAAGUGGUUGAGAACUUCCAAGCUCCUCCAUUCAUACAACUUAAAGAGUCUGUGGAAUGACAUUAUUGAGCAAUCUAAUGUUGCAGUAUCAAAAGAAUUCCGGUCCUUGUGUUUUGAGAACAUUGUUAAACAGUAUGGCUGUACAAAGUUUCUCAUUUGUACGGGAUAUUGAUAAGUACAAUUGCAAGGGAAAAACUCCCAAAGAAUGAAAAAGUUGACAGCCUAGUUCAGAUGUGAAUAGUAAACUUCUCACACAUAAUUAGAUAUUCAUAGCAUUUCGGCCAAUGACAUGGUGUAAUUUACAUCACGUGUAUCUAUCUGGAUACCCCGUCUAGACCAGGAAUUUAAUUACUUCAAUUGGAAAGGGCUUUGAACAAUAGGGAAAUUGAGGAGUAAACAAAAGAUUAUGCAAAUAUAUUUAAUUGCUAUGUUUAGAUUAAUUUCUAAAUACAGUAAGCUGUAUUUAGAAAUAACUUCUAAAUACACAAAAGCAUUAAAACACACUUCAAACAACAAAAUAUGUUGCUUUUUUAAUCACACUAACAAUAACACACAUACAAUUGACUUAGUAUUACUUAUUUCCGGCAAACGAAAUGUUAAAGGAACAGUUAGUGAAUGUACUGUUCGACAAAACAAACUUUUCUGCAAUAGUACGUCGCUGCACCUCUUUAUCAAUUUUAGACCAGUCCAUUAUCAAGUUCCUCGUUAUCAAGUUCCUCGUCGGAAAUUUGCGACACAACCUUUGAUACAGAUGGGCCAACACACUUGGAUACAGCCAUUCUUGAUCAUUACUAGGUUUCUCAUUCGUAAAUAAGGCAGAAGAAACAUGCGCAGUUCGUUCACGUAUUAAUUUUUCUUGAUGGCCAGCUCGAAACAAAUUUGUUGCUGUUGUGACACGAAGGCAGUGUGCUGUCUUAAUCUCAAGGCCAGCUUCUUUCAUUAAAAAAGGCACUAUAUAAUUAAGCUUAUGAAUACCAAUUGGUGCAUUUUCGAAUUUAUACGCUGUUUUGCUCGGUCAAAAAUAGAAUGAUUCAUUAAUUUUCGGUAACUCUUUGACCAAGGAAAUGUACUGCUUAAACAUUUGAACCAGGCAUGGUUCAUGCACACUUUCCUCAUCCUCGUAAAAAUAAUGAGUCACAGUUCUAGGUUUCUUCUUUAAAUCUUUAAAUCCUCCAUUAAAAGUUUUCGAAAUAUUUUCUCGAUAACAAAUUUUGUUGUUUUCUAUGACAAAGUUGCUUAAUCUUAACUGUCUGUGUUCACAUGCUCUUAAUCCAAAUAUUUUUCCGAUAUAUAAAUAAAUUAUGUAAACCAAACUUUGAGCAGUUUUGUCUUCCAGAAAGCCUUUUGACCACAGCAAACCUUCUUCAUCAUCUGUAAUAGCUUCUUUCUCUCGUCUUGUACGAUUCUCCGCAAGCGAUUCGCCUUCCCGGUGGGUGGCUUUCAUUUCACUAUCCAGCACUCUUCUGAACGUCUGGAAACUAAAUAAUAAACAUGCUCAUAUUACAAUAAAUUAAACUAAACCAUUAAUUAAAAAUGAACAAAUUCAACCUACCAGUGAUUGUUAGCAUUUAACAUGUUAGCUUCAGCCCGGCCAUUUUCGUCUAGAUGUCGUUUCAACGAGCAUAUAAUUUGGUAUAUUGUACGCCCGGGAUAUCGCUUGCCAUCCUUGUCGCAAACUUCUUGAACAAAUUUGAUAAGCCAGAAGUUUAACGUUCUUGCCGUCAUUGAACACAAUUCUGUCUCCAAAUUUUGCAAAUUCUGCAAAUCUAAGCUGAAAGGAUUGCUCUCACACAUGACUGCUUUAUUUUCUCGCCCACUUUGCCAAUCUUCAAAUAUACGAACUCCCCAACGAUUUUUAUAACGCGUUGUUUGUGCAAUAGCAUUUCGCACGUUGUCAAUGCUUCUUUCCACGCUUUGAGGAUCUCGAAAUCUCCUCUUUUUGCAACUAGAUGCCAUGCUUCCUUCGAAGGCUAACAAAUACUACAACAACAACGUCUUUAAUUCGUUCCUUCGUUACGCAUUCGCCUCAUUGAACAACUUAAUUCGCUAUUGUUACUGCCUCAUUGCUAUGAAUAUCUAAUGAUCUGUGAGAAGCAAUUUCAAAUCCUCGUUAGUGUUUUAAACUUGGCUUCCAAAUCCCCAGUGCCAUGAACAAUGGCUCGGCUGCGCCUCGCCAUUGUUCAUGGCACUUGUAUUUAGAAACCACGUCUAAAACACUAACUCGGAUUUGAAAUAUUACUUAUUCACUAGAUAAGUGUGCUCCAGGGCCUUUUUUAACAUACAAGCUGGGGAGGCAAAUGCCCCCCCCAGUCCACCCUUGUGCCCCCCACGAAAUCACAUUUUGCCCCCCCCCCCAGGAAAAGUGCCUUUCCCCUAAAAUUAUACAAACAAACCAGCGAAGAUUAACAAAUACAUAAACGGAAAGUAAGUUUGAGGCUUUAUCCUUUGUCCUUGUUUAACAAAAUCGAUUUAAAUUGUUACUUUUUUCUACCACUAAGUAAUGAUAAAUUAUUGUUAAUAAUUUUUUAUUUUUUGGAUGCUCAGAAUGCAGGAAAUAGCAUUUCCCGGUUUCAAAUUUCAAAAAUUUUCUGGGGAUUAUCCCUCUAAUAAGUAAUGAGAAAUUACAGUUAAUAUUCUUUUUUACUUUUUGUGCAUUUUUUCCAUCUUUUAUUUCAAAUACAAGUAUAGUUAGCAUAAAUUUUAGAGCAAAUUUGAAUGCUCAGAAUGCAGGAAAUGGCAUUUCUGUGCUUCAAAUUCCAAAAAUUUUCUUGGGAUUAUCCCUCUAAUAAGUAAUGAUAAAUUACAGUUAAUAUUCUUUUUUACUUUUUGUGCAUUUUUUCAUCUUUUAUUUCAAAUACAAGUAUAGUUAGCAUAAAUUUUAGAGCAAAUUUGAAUGCUCAGAAUGCAGGAAAUGGCAUUUCCGUGCUUCAAAUUUCAAAUUCCUGGGGGAGUACACCCCCACACACCUGACAUUUGCUAUCCUCCUCUGAUAAGUAAUGAUAAAUGAUGGUUAUUUUUUUUACUUUUUGUGCGUUUUUUCCUUUAUUUAUUUCAAAUACAAGUAUAGUUAGCAUAAAUUUUGGAGCAAAUUUGGAUGCUCAGAAUGCAGGAAAUGACAUUUCCGGGAUUCAAAUUUCAAAAAUUUUCUGGGGGAGUACUCCCCCAGACCCUCCCCCCAUUCAUGCGUGGUAUGUUGGCCACACACGUGGCCUUCACCCAAGCCAUUGCUAUCCCCCUCUAGUAUAUUAUCUCACAGAAAGGUCCCUUUUCAAAAAUGCCCCCCCCCCCCACGGGAAAAUCCUUAAAAAAGGCCCUGGUGUGCUCCAAUCAUAGCCGUUGUGAUCUCUCAAACCACGAUUACCCAAAGUUGAGCUUGCCGAUGUCUUGUGUAUAAGUGAAACAAAAUUUUGUGUAAUAGUGAUUUACUGUAUACAUUAGUAUAAAUUUUUACUUCUAUUAAAUUCAACAUGAUUUCAACAACAAAUUAUUCAACUAAGGUAAUAGAUUGUUCUAGUCUUAUUGUUUACAUACAUUCAUUUAUAACCUGUUUUAAUUAUUAUUUUCUAACCAUGUACAAAUUAUUUCAUAUUUAUACUUUUGAAGCAGUAGUGCAUGCUGUCAUUAUGUUAAUUAUUGUAUAAUACUUUGUUUUACGAAAAUAUUUCUACUGUCCUCUGUGACAGUGUCCUGAAUUUAUGUAUUCCUUGAGCAUUAAUGCAACUGUCAUAAAUAUAUGACAUAAUGACCGAAGCGCACUUUUAUGCAAAUCAUUAUUUAAAUAUUUCCUGUUCCAUAUGGCUACAAAUUUGACAUUUGAUACAUGAAAUAUAUACAAGCUUCUGAUAAGCUAUAACUUUCGAGCGUUCAUACCGAUAUAUCAAUACCUCCACCAGAGAAACCUUUUAGUUAGUGAGAAGAAAUAACUUAGAUGUUACGAUCAGGUGUUUUUCAAAUUGUCUUUCACAAACGUGAACUGUUUUUUGAGCGAUUUGAUUUCGUCACAAGCCACACUUUUGUCACAAGCCUCCCCAACGCUUCGCGAGUUUCGUCGAUAAGUCGUCGUCUUUUGUUGGAAUUAAAAACUACUAACACCAAAAUGUCUUCUACUAGUCCCACAACAAUAUAUGGAGCAAUUUGCUCCAUGUAUUUGAAUAUCCUCUCUAUAAAAGAAAUUUUUCAAAUAGUACACCCUCCUUUGUAAUACAAUCUUCUGUCCUAAAUACAUUUUGAUGCACCCGUAUUGUCACAUGACAGAGAACAAUAAGAUAAUUUGGCCACGCUCCCAGCUUCCAAACCCUCUCCUCUAUUAAGUAUGAUCCAGGUAUGUACCGAUGAACAAUCCCUUUCAGUUUUAAAGCAGAAAAUGUAUAGUUCCCGGAUAUCUUUAGUAUAGUGCUAUAUAUAUAGACACCGAACUAUCGUGCUUGAUAUUUUAUAUGAUGUGUAAAUUCAGUCGAGGGCGGUGUUGUACGUUAGACAGUGCACACAUUUCUAGUUGAGGAGUAACUCUUUCCCAAUAUUUACCUUAUUCAGAAAUCCUGCAUACUUCUAGUUAGCAAAAACCGCAUCGAUUUUCAAAUCGUUGACACACGUCUGGUAUUACUGUAGUUAGAAUUAAGCAGUGAUAUAAUGUAUAAUGGUAUAAUGGUAUAAAUAUAAAGCAGGCAUUAAGAUAAAUGCAAAAUAUUGUUCGCGCCUUACGUACUCUAAAAAUAAUCUAAAAAAUUGAAUAAUGUUGACAUGAACUUCAUACUUCGACCACGAUUACAUCGCUAUACAUAUCGCGGACGUUUGAGAAUCGCGACCCGUAAUUUCUAAUUGUAAGUAUCACUAACAGGAUUACGAACCUUCGAUUGUAUGCAAACUUUAAGAUUAAGGUAUGCGAACAAUUACUUCGGCUAUACUAAUAUCUGCGUAUUAUUGGAAUUUUACCGCACGUUUUAAGUUUGCCGAUGAAUAAGCCGCAGCAUGACUUUGUAAAAGGUGGAUUAUAGUCGUUUCGGUAAAUUAGCUACAAAUCCUGCCCGUACAAUUACUGCGUUGCCCAGUUUUAAACAUUGAAAGUAAUAAUUAUAUUUUAUUGUAAUAAUAAACAAAUAAUAAAAAAACAUUGUAACAAAAACCCUAAUAAUAAUUAUGGUUUUUGUUUUCUUCCUUAUAUCCUUGAUUAGUUAACGGAAUUUUGUUUCCACACUGUACAAUUUUAAUUUGGUAUCUUACAUAAAAGUCGAAUAAUCAGUCUGUAUUCCUGAUAAAAAUUGAAUAUUCGAGUGGACACGGGGACUGGGCGAGAAUGCACGCUGCCUUCCAAAUGUCCUAGCGAUGACUUUUCCUAAUAUUCUUCAAUAUUCUGCACUAGUAGGUUCUUCUUUUUUUUAGCUAUACCAGCAUGCGAAAAUGCAAACUGCACCAUACACAAACCAAAUAGCACAUGCAAACCGGAUGGUUACCAUGGGAAAUACAAUUGUAUCUGUGAUUAUGGAUUUUUUAACGAAAAGAAUAGAUGCAUAGGUACGUGUUCGCUACAAUUCAUAUUCCGCAGGUAAACUUGUUUACCUAAUAUUGAUAUAAUUAUGGGAAUCACUCAAAUAAUUAACAGUAACUCUACAAAAUAACAGUAACUCCGUGAAUAACAUUUGAUUUUUGAUCGAAGUUAGGACUAGUUUAAAAGCAUCCUCAGGGUUAUUACUAGUUAAUCCUGAGGGUGACUAUACAAAAUCAAAAAAAAUGGCGGAAAGGUAUUUUUAAACACAAAUGUGAAAUGAGAUUGCCGUAGAGGAACUAGAUGAAAAUACGAACAAAAAAGCACCAAAUGCUUUAGCAAAAGAACUAAAUGAAAAUACGAACAAAGCAGCAAAUUUUGGUUGAAAGUCUGCCAGGACUGGGCUUGUGCGAGAAAAUAUGAUGUUGACAUUGAGAAGUAUCCAAUUUUGUCAUGCUAAUAAUAAAUAAGUAAUCAUGCGAUGUUACUCGUACAAUUAGGGAUUAAUAAUACUCGUGAUGUUUGGAAAUUUGCCAAAUUGGAUUCGCCCUGGCGGCUCGUCCAAUUUUGGUAAAAUUUCCAAACACCACUCGUACUAUUAAUCCCUAACUGUACUCGCAAUCGCAUGAUUACCUGUACUAAUUAAUAAUAUUAACAUGAUAUAGAUAAAAACCCAUGUCGAAGAAACACAUGUGCCGAAAAUCAGAAGUGCACGCCGAUCGUAAAAACAGGAGGCCAUAAUUGUACGUGUAAAAACAACUUUAUUGAGGAAAAUGGAACUUGCAAACCAGUAGGUAAGAUCGCAUACACCAUUUAUAACGUACACCUAAACAAUGUUAAAUUUCAAUUUAUCGUAAUAUUAAAGAAGAGUGACUAAUUAUAUCAAUGAUGCAGUUUCGACAAUGGAUUUCAUUUGUAACAAAAUUUCUAAUACAAACAUUUUUUUCCAUCAAUGGAGAAAUACGUUGCAUAUCCUUUCACGGAAAACAAAUGAGUAUCUGUGAUAUUUGUAAUAUGGUUGCCACUAUGCUAUGGUAUAUAUGUGUCUGCUAGCAGCAGCCUUCUCCUUCAGUAAUUUGGUGAUAGACGAGAGAGGUAACAGAUGAUUGCAUGGAUUAUUGUUGCACGUCAGAAAAAAUAUAAUAUCCGCUAAAUGCGCCGUGAUUGCGAUUAUGUUUUUUACAUGCAAUUGAUUAAAUGGAUGCAGGGGAGGGCAUCUACUGCAAUGUUUUUUAUAUAAUAUUUUGUGAAUAAAAAAGAGUGCUAACACAAACAAUAACCUACAAGUAGGUUUGUAAUACUGUUCGUUCACUGUUAACAAUCUUACAACACUAUUUCUCAUCACGCCCCAGUCGUGUCAACCUCGAGAGGCUAACGGCUGCAAAUUUUAUAACUCCGUUAACUAACUUUGUGAGGAUUUCAAUGGUCGCUUUCGUUUAAAAGGGGGGUAAAAACUCGCCGAGAUGUUUAUAUUAGAAAAUUGAAUCGUAAUGUAAUACGAAACCGGUAGGAUGAGAAAGAGUUUUAAAACAAAUUGCAAUGCUCAAACUAAUCAUGCUCAACAGGAAAUAUUGAAUAAUUUUUAUUGUAUUUUUUGAGUAGCGCAAAUUUCGAUAUCCGUUAAAUUAAACGAUUUACCCACCUCCCGUUGCUGCAAGAAGCUCCAACAUAUGUAACGAAUAAGCAUGAAAUUUUAGCAAGUAUAGGAAACUGUCAUUUCUUUAUGGCUGCGACUGGCACCGAUGAGAAAUGUUUAUCCUAGUUAAAAUUCUGCUGAUCCAUGCAAUCACUAAAAAUAUAAUUUUUGUACCCAUCCUCAAAUAUCUAUAACUAAUAAGUAAAUACCUUGCCCCCUCCUCGAAAAAUUUUACAAAAAGAUACUGUUCGAUACACAUUCUGUGAGAAGAGUUUUGUAUAACUGUUUCUGCAAUUUUCUGCAGUGUAAAGUUUCACGUUGCCUGCACCUGCCGGUGACUAUGCGUAGUCAUAUAUGGGUUUAGUAAUCAACCAAAUUUAUAAUUAUUUUAUUAUUCUAUUGAUAUAGACCUAUGUGCAACAAACCCAUGUGGCAUAGGUCAUAAUUGCACGACAAUCGUAGCAACAGGAAAACACAAAUGUACAUGUGAAAAAACCUUUAUUGAGAAAAAUGGAACGUGCGAGAAAGUACCACCAGGUAAGAUCGCAUAUCGUAUUAAUCUAAAGAUUUCUAAAUAUCAGUUAACGUUUAUUCAGUUUACUCAGUUGUCUCGGCAACAUUAAUCAAUAACGCAGAUUCGAUAUUGGAUUUCAAUUGUGACAAAAAUUGCCGUUUCCGGAGAUUUAUCUUGCUUUACCUAGGGAAUGGCAAUCGUUACACAGGGCAAAUAUCAUUUCAUGAUACAUCCACUGAAAAAGCUGCUAUAAUAGCAAUAUCAUUAGUUUUGAAAAAUAGUGAAAUCAACCUGUAUCAAAUCGAUAGGCUACUUGUACCUUGUAACAGAAAGCAAACUUAACAUUGUGUGACUGCAUGUAUUAUUUAACAUUACUAUAGAAACAAAAGACUAUUCGGUAACCACCAAUAGCAAAGGAGUUAUAGUUGCCGCUGUUCUGACUCCGUCACUUGUAAUUUUGGUCGCUAUUUUAAUCAUUGUUUGGCUGCGUAAACGUCACGAGAAGCGAAUGGAUUUUAUGGAAAGAGAAAUGGUUAUAGCUUUUGACGUCGGAAGUAGAAGCAAUCCUCGACGCUUGUAAGUAUUUCAUUAUAUAUAUAUAUAUACAUAUAUAUAUAUAUAUAUAUAUAUAUAUAUAUAUAUAUAUAUAUAUAUAUAUAUAUAUAUAUAUAUAUAUAUAUAUAUAUAUAUAUAUAUAUAUAUAUAUAUAUAUAUAUAUAUAUAUAUAUAUAUAUAUAUAUAUAUAUAUAUAUAUAUAUAUAUAUAAUAUACUCUCAAAGCUUAAAUGUGAGGCAGGAAUAUUAAGACAAGUCUAAUAAUAUGUUUUUAGAAUCAUAUGAGUAGUGUCUCGAUAAAUGCAUGCUCUUGCCCUUGCUCUUGCUCUUACUCUUACUCUUGCUCUUUAAAUUUUCGCUUUAAAUGAAGAAGUAUACGAGGACAGCGUUCAAUCAGAGAGGACGUAAUUUCGAGUUUAAAUUCUCAGGAAAGCUACCCUGAUUUAAAUAAAACGGCCUAAAUCUCCUAUGCAGUGGUCAAAAGCUAACGACUUUUUUCAAUGCACUCUUUCAAACCAACCAAUUGCAACGCAAGAAAUUAGUAAAAGCAUCAAUAACAUGACAACAAUAAUAUACAAUUACUUAAGUGAAAAUUAUGGAUUUGUGAAAAUUAUGGAUUUUUUUUCGCGUAUAAUUUCUCAUUUAUUCUCAGUUAUUCCGAAUGAAAUUUUCAGCAUUAUUCCCAGUUGGAUUCCUAAAUUUAGUUCCCCGAAAACACCGUUUAACCUUGACCUCCUGACCUAUAAUGAGAUUACAAAUAUGAUUCGUAAGAUGAAACCGUCUGGUUCUCCGUGUCCUCUUGACCAAAUACCUGUGAUAUGUCUUAAACGCUGCCCAUAAUUGAGAACUCAUUUAACUGAAAUUAUCCAAGCUGCUUGCAUGUCGUCUGGUUCUGUUCCAUCAGAAUGGAAAAAGCGUGUACGAUUUUGAUCCACAAAAAAGCAAGAAACUGACAACCCCGCUAAUUUCAGACCAAUAACUCUUGAAUCGGUCCCACUCAAAGUAUUUACAUCAUGUCAAAUUAAAAAAACGCUCAUCUAAUUCUAUCCAGUGCCAACCUAAGCUGUUCGUUAAUAACCAACUUAUACCCCCGUAUCGAACUCGGUGAAUCUUUCCGCUACCUUGGUCGUCGUUUCAAUUUCAACAUGUCCGAUGAAAGACUCAAAUCCGAAUUGUGUGAUCUGUUUAAUGAUAUUAUAUCGAAAAUGGAUAAAUUACCUUUACACCUCCGAAACAAAAGUCUUCUAUAUAGGCGUUACUGACUUCUUAUUAAAAUAAAAUCUUCCUCUACAGUCGGUAUGUUUUGUCGAACCUAUCAUCACUGUAUCAUGGCAUUUCACCGCUACUGGUCUAUCGAAAACCUGGGUCAUUGAAAAUAUUGAUUCCAACGUGAACAGUUAUAUUCGUAAAUGGCUUCAUAUACCUAUAUCCGGAACGCUUAGCUCUGUCUUCCUAACCCGAAACAAAUUCAAUAUUUGGCCUCCAUCUAUAAAAUGCAUCCAAUGCCAAACUGUUCUCUGUAAAGCUCUAAAAAUAUCUCCAACCGUAGCCUAGCUAUUAACGAGCUUUGGAAGUCAACAAGUAACCGCAAAAACAUCCAGUACGACAUCUAUCACUCGACCAAGCAAGUUCUUAAGGAUUCUCGCUCUGGACAAGAGGAUAGACUGCGUAACCAACUAACAUGCCAAGGAUCCUUCUUCACCAAUAUUACAAAGUUCUCUCUUUCCCAACUGACGAAACUUUGGCCACAUGUCAAUCGAACCUGCCGAAAAAUAUAUUCAGCUUUACUGUACGUUAUAUUAACAACUCUCACCCAACGCGGCUAAAUCUUGCAAGAUGGGCUAUAUCGACAACUUCAGACUGCCCUUAUUGCCUAGCCCCCGAGACCCUUUUGCACGUUGUAGCAGGUUGUGAAUCAUAUCUGGAACGAUACACAUGGAGACACGAUUCUGUCUUAAACUUUCUUGUGAUGAACCUACAGACUGUCAGCGGAUCAUGUCUUUAUGUGGAUCUCCCAGGAUACAAAAGUCCAUCCAUCAUUACUGGUGACUGUUAUCCUCCUGAUUUGCAGCUGUCAACCUCAAGUGGAUGUUUAUAUACCGUGUAAGUAACUUGCUGGGUGUGAUUGUUGAUAAUCAUCUCUGUUGGAAAGCCCAUAUCACAGAUCUAGCUUCUAAUCUGAGAAAACUUAUCGCUCUGUUCCGCCGAAUCAAAAUGCAUCUGCCACUUCAAACAGGAAUUCCAUUUUAUAAAACGUUCUUUCAACCAAGGAUUGAUUAUUGCUGCACUGUUUGGGGACAAUCACCACACACUUCAAGAAUGUACAAACUACAAAAAUUUAUCCUAAAACAAAUUUAUGAUAAGUCAAAACUUUCUCCAUCUAAACCACUUUUCGAACAGUCAAACAUUUUACCAAUAAAGUACAGAGUUAUGUAUAGGGUAGUUUGCCAAGUUUAUAAAUCCUUAAAUAACUUGACUCCAGACUAUUUAAGUAAAAUGUGUAAACCAUUGUCAACAAUUUCCCAGCGACAUACAAGAAACACUGCCAAUAUGGACUUAUGGAUACCAAAUUACAAACUAUCAAUCACCAGGAGUGGACUUCGGUACACUGGAGCAUAUUUUUAUAAUAUGUUACCACCAGAUAUUAGAUCUUCCAGCUCAUUUCAAGCAUUCAAGCGUAAAGCCCAUGAAUUGUUUUUGGAUAUGUAAAAAAAUAACUCAUAAGAUGUACAGUGCAUGUUAAUUCCAAUUUUUUAUACCUAUAUCGAUAUGUACUUUAUGUAAUUAUGGAUACUCCAGUCUGUAGAAAUGUAAAUUGUACUGCAUGUAAAUAUAUUCGAUUAUAUAGUUAACUUUAGAAGGUCCAGUGGAAGAUUAGCGAAAGCUAAACUGGCAUAUUUCCUUGUAAAUUAACCUUCUUUAAAUAAAGUUUUAAUAAUAAUAAUAAUAAUAAUAAUAAUAAUAAUAAUAAUAAUAAUAAUAAUAAUAAUAAUAAUAAUAAUAAUAAUAAUAAUAAUAAUAGAUCUGCUUGGCUGCAUGUAAGUUGCGAGGUAAACAAACCUCGCAUUUUUUGGUUGAACAUUUUUCACGGUUUAACUAAGUACUAUGACAUCGUCGUUUUCUACCAUGUUCAAUAAAACGUAAUACGAAAAUAUUACUUUGUAGAGUUGCAGACUAAGUUGCAAUUGUAUAAAUGCAGAUAAUGCGUAAAAAGCCACUUGACAUGUAAUGUGAUAGGUGACACUUAACAUAGAUAAGAAAGUUGCUUGCCCUUUUGCCAGGGACUUUUUUAACAUACAAGCUGCCCCACGUAAUCACAUAAUAUCGAAAUAAUCUGAAUAUUGGAACAAAAUUUAAUUUAUAAUGGGGAACACGGAGCAUGGUUUAAUUUUGGAAGGGAGCAAGGGAACAAAGCGAAAAUUUUGAAGGGAACACGGGAACACGCCCCCCCCCCCCUCCCCUGGGAGACCCUCAAAUGUACUGCGUUAGGAAAAUGACGACUAUUCUUUUAGAACUACAUAUUACUUUUUGGCUGCCGAAAUAAGGAAUGGGAAAAUCCGGAUUUACUAACAAUUUGACUUAUCUCAUAUAAUAAAGUUCCCAUUAUUAUUUAGGCUACCAAUACUGAAUUUAUACACGGUAGCAUCUCAACCUAGUUUAUCUAGUUAGACAAUAAAAACGCCUUCUUAACUUGUUAAUUGAAAUAUCUUUCAUUGUAGAAUCCCCAUGUGUGCAUUAAAAAUGUAAAAAUGCAUAAUUUAGAAUUUAUUGUCUGUUGAAAUUGUCGUGAAACUAUAUAAAGUUUAUAAUUAUUGUAUAAUUUUUUAUUCGUACUUCAUGUAACAUGAACACCAAAUUAUACUGCGCUGUUCUAUAUUAUUGUCGGCUCACAGUUUGCUAAAUAUAGACUAUUAAACUAUAGGAAACGAAGAAAGGGAGAAAACAGUCAUUGGGGUGAUAUUUUACGACGACUAUACCUUGCUUAAUAUUUCAUAAAAAACAUAUUUUUUUGUCACACAAUCUAGAAAUUAUCUAUUCUUACUACGCUAGGAAAUAAAUUUCAAUAAACUGUCGCUUUGCCUACUGAUAUUUGACGACCGAUAUUCAUCGAUUAUUUUCGUACGAUGUGGACGGCAUCACCAUAUGGUGGAAGUGACGUAUUGUUUCAUGUUGAUGCAUGAUUGAUUCAAAUUUUUUGAAUACCAAUUACAACUGUGAAAUAAAGUUCUACUUCGUCAUUGGUCGGUUUUAUUCUCUUCCGUCAUAGGGUGUUGCGGUGCACAUGCGACGAAAGACCUACAAUGUUUCCUCCCUUUCUUCGUUUCUUAUUCAGUGGCUCGUUGCUCUCUCGGCAAGAGUUCUUUAGCUUUUCGGAAAAUACAAGGCUACGGUAGUUCAAGGCAGCGGAGUAUAUUAAUGUUGAAAUUCAUAUUUUGGUUAUAUUAUAUUCGAUAAUUUUGAAUAAAUAUGCAUUUUAAUGCGCACAUUGAAAUUCUACAAUGAAAUAUACUAGAAUUAACAAGGUAAGACGGUGUUUGUCUUGUUUUACUUCAUAAACUCGAAUCCUAUGCUCGCUGUGACAAGACUGUACUUGCCACACUCGUCAGGUGAAUUUAAAUAACCCGCUAUGUGCCUAUGUUGAUGCCUAUAGAAUAAACUAUGUACAUGUAUGAGGUCAAUAGUGUUAUAUUACAAUGUUAUUUAAAAUAUAUUUAUAAGAUAAUUAUCUAUAUAAUUUAGUGGUAUAAGAAUGAAAAUCUGGUGAACAAUCUAAUUUCUAUAUUUUUUGUGUUAGUAUUAAUCGGGAUACGCUGGAAGAAGACGGCGGCGAAAGAGUAGUGAAUUUAUUAUAUGUUUCGCAAGAUAACGUUUACGGGAUACCAAGAUCUAUAGCGGACAAAAUACGAUCAUUUGAGAUGCCUGCUGAGUCAAUACGGUUUAGUGGUAUCAUCGGCAGAGGAGAAUUUGGAAAAGUGUAUGUUGGUGAAGUCCAAGGAGCCAAUAUAAAUCCUAAAUGGACAACCGUUGCAAUUAAAACAUUCAAAGGUUAAGACCAUAGAACAAAUAUUUUAUAGUAAUUGUACUAAGUAAUUGUUUGGCAGAUGUUCAUGGGAAAAACACAUGGGCAUUUCCAUAUCAGCAAUCGUUAUAUAGGGUGUAUAAAAAAAGCAACCUCGGAAUUUCCUAAGAAAUCCACUUUGCAAUUCUUAAGCAUAAAAUAUUUUUUAGUCCCUUGGAAUUGAAAUCGAAUUGCUAAUACAGUAGAUCAUAUUACUGUUGUUAUAUUGUACUUCUAAAAUAAAAACUUAUUAAUUAAUUGUCAUUAAAUAAAUGAUAAAUUUUGCUUUAUGCACUCGCGUGUUCAGUAAUUUUGUCAUUUGUGCUAUUUUUAAUUCCCAGGCACCUACGAUAUUUUGUCCUUAAAUCAAUGUGGAUUUUUUGGGAAAUUCCGAGGUUGCCGUUUUUUAUACACCCUGUAUUGCCUAGAAGCGUGGCCUGUAUAAAUCUCCAUCAUCACGCCUCGUUGAUGGUAGCUAUCGACCAUGGCCAAAAUAAAUCUUACGCUUUCCAUUAUUCGCGUCACUCUCGAGUAAAUAAUGUAAGAUAGCAACAUUUUUUGUCUGUGGUCCUGGUUGCUAUAAAAUUGUCAACAUCAAACCACUAAUCUAAUCAUAUGCCAAUUCUUGGUCAAUAAAUGAAAGUCCAGGUGAUUGCAUUGAGAGCUAUUUAGAACAAUUAUCGUGGUGUAUUUCAACAUGAAUAAAACCAAUUAAAUCAUGCUAAUUUAGUUACCAACAUUAGCCAAUAGUUUGUCAAUAUCAACCUCGUAUACACAGGGUCUUUCCUCUUGGGGAGCAAAGACCCUGGUAGACGCUGGUCACGUGAUUGUAAUCUAGCAGAUUUUUAAUUAACAAUCGAAGAUCAGGUCAAUAAACAUUUGAUAUUUGGAUUAUUUUGAUAGUUUAAUUUAUAAUUUGCAUUUUGUAUGAUUGUUGUGAAGAAAACCUAGAUAGUUAAUUAAAAAUCUGCUAGAUUUUAGCAUAUCACUUGACCAGCGCCUACCGGGGUCUUUGCUCCCCAAGAGGAAAGACCCUGCGUACGAGGUUGUUGCAAUAUUCCCUCAACAUCAGUCAAUAUAUAUAUUAUGUCUACAGUAAUUUCUAAGAACGCUGAUAAAAAAAAUACUUACACAUGCAUGCAUUUGCAAUAACUGCAGCCAUAUGGUCUCGUUCAGGUGUCAUCUUUUGAGUAAUCAGCUAAUGUCGAUAAAUUGAACACAUGUUAUAUAGAAUCUGCAAAUGAAGAAGACCUUAGUGAUAUCUUUCGUGAAAUUGAGUUGAUGACGGACCUUGGAAAACAUGAAAAUGUCAUUCAGAUGUUUGGCUGUUGUACAAAUUGUCGUCCAAUAUGUUUAGUCCUGGAAUACGCGCCAGGAGGAAAUUUAAAAUUGUAUCUGAGGUCUCUCAAAAAGAAGGUAAUUAUACCUAUCAAAACGCGUUUAAGGGUUUCAAUGCGGAAUCUUCCAUUAUUUAGGGUAGGGCAUUUUUUAAGUAGGGUAUACUAAAAAGACCCCUGUUGCACAGCUUGGGAAGUUUAAUUUUCAGAAACAUUUGUAUCUUUCAGAUAUCUGAAGGGUUUUUUUAUAAAUUCCUGCAAUUUCCACGCAGUUUAGUGACCAUUUAAAAAUUCUCCACCUUUGUAUUCUUCCUGCAAUGGUAACUGCAUGUACAUUCGCGAAAGCACUAUACAAGCAAGGGAGCACGCCAGAAAUAUUUGUGUAAAUUUAUACUAACCUUUUAAUCACAUGUAAAUGUUUUCAAUUUUCAUCGGGCGCCAUUUUGAAUGUUGAAAGCGGUAUAUAUUAUUAGCACAAAUCGCAGGCGCAAUAAUUUAUGUUCAUCUUUGACAUUAAUUCAUUUUACACGAUGAUACUCCGAAGGGCGACCGAGAAAGAUCCGAAAUUUAAAAUAAGGCGGAGAAAUAAUAACAAUUAAAGAGGGGAGUGAAACGGCCGACGUGACGCGCCGUUGCGCGAAGGCGCAAGCCAAAGGGCUCCGCAUUUAAUACAGUUUUAUUUCCGCUGUAUGUAAAAUAUUUGGACGCGAAAUUACACUUAAUUCAAGAUAAAGUGAAGAUGUACCUGUAAAAAGUUAAGAGCUGUUAAUCAGGUAUAAGAUAAAGUAUAUUUUUGCGAAUAUAAAUUGUGUGAAAUUACAAAUGGUGAGAAAGUUUCGCCGAAACAGUUUAAAUUGGUCACAUCACGCAAGCAAACGACGCACGUCAGGUGAACCCGACAUCACUUACGUCAGCGCGAGAACGUUUUCAUUCUAAUCUGCACGUGCAAGCUCAAUUAUAAUUCACUUAAUUCUGAAAUUUGGAAAAUCGCACGAAUUAUAUAUUUAUUUGAAUAUUUUCAACGUUAUGAAGAAUUAUCGAAGAUUUGCGUGUAUUUUCAACUAUAUAAGAGACGGUGUAAACUGCUUCAUACUUUGUGUGUUCAUUCUUUGGUCGUGUUCUAAAUCAAAGCCUUAUAAUCCUCCUCGCAGAAAUGGUAUAGAGCGAGUUAUCAACUCAGAACUUGCAGUUUUACCGGAAAAAUUAUGUAUGAUUUGGACUGCUACUCGUGAUCUUAAGCAAAGGAAGUUUUACUAUCCGCUGAACUAUCGUUACGGACUAAAUCUUCAAGUGAAUCAAAAGCUAUCUCACGUUGUCUUAUUAAUUUUGCUCGCUGGUGAUGUUGCAACUAAUCCUGGCCCAGCGUAUUAUUCAGCUUCAACGAACAGUGCUUCAAGAAAGCAAGUUAAGUGUUUAGUCCUCAGUGCAAGGAGUAUAAAGACCAUUCAUAGAGAUCCAGCGUCUAAUGUAACAGUCUGCAAUCUUCAGCGAUUUCAAGACCUCGUAUACAAUGAAAACUCAGAUAUGAUAUGUGUCAGUGAAACUUGGCUUACAACGGAUAUUAGUAACGAUGAAAUAUUGCAUUCUGGGCUCACGAUCUAUAGGAAAGAUCGAGUCAAUCGUUGCGGUGGUGGAGUACUUAUUGCCGUAAAAACUGAGCAUUUCAAAUCUGUCAAGGAAUUUGUGCCUGAAUAUGAGGAAGCAAAACAACUUGAAAUCGUGUCAGCUGAGGUGAGAACAGCUGAUGACAAAAACUUCUCUACUGCUGCUGUUACCGUCCACCGGUUGCGGACUUGUCUUGGACGGCUAAAUUUGAAAUCUUUCUAAACCACGCUUGUGAUCAUUACGAAAGCGUCGUUCUUACUGGAGACUUUAAUUUUUCAAACAUACGUUGGGAAGUGCCAGUAAGUACCUGUGGUGCUAAUGAACUUCUCUUUGUAGAAUCACUGAAUGAUCACUUCUUGUCUCAACUGAACAACACCCCAACACGCGGUGACAACAUCUUAGACUUAGUUAUUACAAGUGCACCAGAUCAUGUCAGAAUAACAGAAAUUUUGUCUCCUGAUGAAUCAUCCAUCUUUACAGACCAUCAUUCCAUUUCGUUUGACUUUAAUGCAUUUACUAAAGCUCCAAGAAAAACUGUGAGAAAUAUCUACGACUACGAGAAAGGAGACUUACAAGGUUUGUGCGCUGCUUUACGAGAGCUUGACCUGUCUACAACUAUCUCGGACCAACCUGGGGACAUUGAUGCUGAUUGGGAGCGUUGGAAAAAUGCCUUUCUAACCGAAGUUUCCAAAUAUAUACCGAAAAAGAGACUUAAAAGUCGAAAUCCGUUACCAUGGUUGAAUAGUAACAUUCUCUAUCAAAUAAAGAAGAAAGAUUCCAUUCGUAGAAAAUUAAAAAUCUCGCCUACCAGUUAUUUGACAGAAAAGUACAAAAACAUGCGUUCUGAAGUUAAGAGGUUAUUAAACGAAAGCCGAGAAAACUAUUUCCGUGAAAUUGACAGCAGCUUUAGAGUCAACCCAAAGCGCAUGUGGUCAGUACUUAGACAAAAGUCCAAGUCAUGUAGCAUCCCGGAUCGUAUCUCUAUGCCUGCAGUAACCACCACCAGUUCUCCCGAUGGUCAACCUGGUUCUCUUCAUGUUUCCCAUGGCGACCAAUCCGACCAGUCGCCAAGACCAACUGCUGCAAACCCUGUUGAAAUAGCUACAUUCUUCAAUACCUACUUCGCAUCCGUGUUUUCAUCUGAAAACCUCCCUGACGAACUUCCUACCGAAACCAGUGGUCCUCCAGUUUUAACUGAACUUACUCUGACUGAACCCGAAGUGGAGACUAUACUUAAUUCCCUCGAUACCAACAAAGCCACCGGACCGGAUGAAAUUCCAGCCAGACUCCUCAAAAAUACAGCUGCUAUAGUUGCUCCCUCUCUAUGUAAGCUAUUCAACAAAUCCGUACAACAUGGAAUAGUACCUCGUGAUUGGAAACUAGCAAACGUCGUCCCUGUGUAUAAGAAAAAUAACAGAGAGCAUGCGGAGAAUUAUAGACCAAUCCCCCUUCUACCCAUCGUUUCUAAAGUUUUAGAACGUUGUAUUUUUAUAAACGUCAAGCAAUUUCUGUCCCAGCUCGUUAACGAUUGCCAGCACGGUUUUCUUCAAGGUAAAUCGUGCGUGACUAACUUGUUGGAAGUGCUGGAUUACAUCGGUACGUGUUUAGAUAACGGCGGGCAAGUAGAUAUGUUGUACCUUGAUAUGUCGAAAGCUUUUGACCGAAUCAACCACAAAAGAUUGAUACGCAAGCUAUCCAAUUCUGGUAUCGGCGGUAAUCUACUGAAUUGGUUCGAGUCAUAUUUGACAGAUCGUCGUCAACGCGUGACUGUACUCGGCGUAACCUCAAGCACCCUUCCUGUGACCUCAGACGUUCCACAAGGGUCAAUUCUUGGUCCUGCACUCCUGUUAUAUGUGAAUAAUCUACCCGAAGCAGACUUGUACUCUCGAGUUGCAAUGUUUGCCGAUGACACGAAGCUAUUCUCGGCAAUUACAUCUCAGGACGAUGUAGCAUCUCUCCAAGCUGAUCUUGUGAACUUAGAACAUUGGUCAUCUCAGUCAGGCUUGUCCUUCAACAAAUCCAAAUGUAAACAUCAGACAAUCACGCGUAAGAUUGUGCCAUUUACGUCAUCAUAUAAGCUAGAAGACACCAAAGUAACUACCGCCGACUGCGAAAGAGACCUUGGCGUAUGGGUGUCUUCCAAUCUUACGUGGAAAAAACAAGUGUGCAACCAGACGUCAAAAGCGAACAAGUCCCUUGGCUACAUCAAAAGAAACACCAGAUUCGUGAAAAGUACUGAAGCAAGACGGAUGUUCUACCUGGCCCUAGUUCGGUCACAUUUUGGUUAUGCAACACAAAUCUGGGCACCACAAUCAAUAGAACUUAUCAACCAUCUUGAACGAACCCAACGACGUGCUACCAAAUAUAUUCUAAAUGUACCGUUCUCCUCGGAUAUAGACUAUAAAUCAAGACUGCAGUUGUUGCAUCUCCUCCCAAUAUGCUACUGGCACGAAUACCUUGAUUUGAUUCUAUUCUUUAAGAUCACACAUGGUUUAGUGAAAACAAGCGCCUCUUCAGUUAUUCUGAAUUCUCGCAGAACCACUCGCUCAAAUUCAAGCAACACAGUCAAGUAUGUCAUCCCCAGAUGUAAAACAACCAGCUACCAGAAAUCCUUCCUCGUUAGAACUUCCAGAAUAUGGAACACACUAAUAGACGCAAUAGACCUUCAUACGGACAGUCUCGCUGUAUUUAAAUCAUGUUUACUUAAUUAUUAUUUUACCUCGGUUGACAUUACUUAUAAUCCUGAAAAUCCGCGAACAUUUAGAUCUUUAUGCUUGAAAUGCAACUGUGUUCGUAGUUUAGCGUCUCCAAUAUCUUGCUGUUAUUGAAAAUUUCAGCACAGCUCGCUACAUGGCAACUGCUCGUGCUAUGCUUAUAUAGUCGGUAGCAUGCAUUGAUUUGUUCAAUUUCUUUUCAGCUAGUGCAUGUUAUUAUCAUAGCAUGAUCAGUUGGCGUAGCUAGCUAAAUAUAUAGUUGUAUAAAUGCAUGAAGUUAGUUGUUAGUUUUUUUUGCUAUUUGAUGUUAACGUAUUGUCCUUGGGUUCGCAGGAAUUGGCUAAUCGCUGUUGCGAAUACCCUGCCAUAUAGUCUAGUUAAUUCGUUAAAUUAUUACUUUGUAAUAACUGUUAAUACUAUCUGGCAAAGUUAAUAAAUUAAAUUAAAUUAAACACGUGAUGGGGUAUUGGCCAAUGACAAUGCGUAUGUCCAAUUUCGUUAUCUGGCCAUGCUCGUUGACCAAGAACUGUCGAAUCUGAAAUAUAUCAAAACUUGUAUUGAUUGCAUCGUUGCUCGCCAGCAGUGAAUUUUCGACAGCAGAGAAACAAAAACAUUUGCGAAUGCUGGACACAAAAUACAGUAUUAAUAAUUCAUGAAGGAAAUUCAAAAGAAAUGAAUGUUUAAUCAAUGUAUGUAAAUCGAUUGGAUAAUAGAUUUGUAAAUUGUCCUCAUUUACAUAAACUUCUGCUUUGAUUUUCUCGGCUUAGACAAUGUUUAUUUUUAAAAUUACUUCGCCAAUGAACUCAUGAUGGGUCGUCUUUUAAGCACGUUAAAACACGAGCAGCCGAUGUUUAUCUGGUAUACAAACUCUCGCCAUUGUCCCCAAUUUUAAUAAUAUAUUCUAAUGUGACUCGCUUGAACUAAUUAUAGUAGGUCAAAUAUAAAACAACGGUAAAUCCGAAAAUAAUAAAAAAAAAUUAUUUUCUACAGUAUAUUAUAUUAUAUUUGUUGCUCUGCAGUAUAUUAUAUUAAAAUACUAAUGGUUCCCGUAAUAGUAGGUUUCAUUUUGUUUCCGGUUUGUUCCUAGCAACAUCAAAUGUUCCUAGCAACAGUCAACCAGCAUCAGUGGAAAAUAUUUCGGCAGUUUCACUCCCCUCUUUAUUUUUUAUUAUUUCUCCGCCUUAUUUUAAAUUUCGGAUCUUUCUCGGUCGCCCUUCGGAGUAUCAUCGUGUAACAUAAAUUAAUGUCAAAGAUAAAAAUAAAUUAUUGCGCCUGCGAUGAACUAAUAAUAUAUGAAAAAAAAAAAAAAUAUAUGGCGCCCGAUGAAAAUUGAAAACAUUUACAUGUGAUUAAAAGGUUAGUAUAAAUUUACACAAAUAUUUCUGGCGUGCCCCCUUGAUACAAGUAGACGAAAAUUGUACCGUGCGUGUAGCUCUUUCCAUUCGGCCAGUUUUAUCGAUUCUCUGAUGUCACUAGAGAGAUUAUGCAUAGUUGUAUUCUUAUACUUGUAAAUACAAUUUGUUUAUCUAUUCAUUCUUUUUUCCACUGUUCCUGGGAAAGGAAUUUUCAAUUAAUAGGUUAUCUUUUCAGUUGACAAAAACUAAAACAAAAAAAUUGACAUGCGUAUUAUAUUCUCAUCUAUGUUUUUUUAGUGUAAAGACAUAGCAAGCAAGCGCAUAGACGGCGUCACGAAAUCUAGCAAGGUAUGAUAUUUUGCCAACAAACUGCACUAAUUUUCAGAUUUUCAAGUAUCACAGUCCAAAAAUAUUCCAGUAUAUUUUAGUUUAUAUUUAAAGGGCCGCUACCUUAAUUUAAAUAUUUUUUAGCCUAUAAGCACAAUGCUCUCGAGUUUGCGAAAAAGGCCUCAUACAGAUGAUUUAUUUUCCGCUUAUGCUGAUGCCCAACGGGGUAGCAAAUUUUCGAGUUAAGCCCCUCGAGUUAAGCCCCGACCACGACUUUUCGAGUUAAGCCCAGACCACGUCCAUACCACGCCCGUGCCACACCCACUUCCGUUGAGGUAUUAACUCGAAGUACAUAACUGGAGUUAUAGAUACUUCGAGUUAAUCCCUCUAGAAAAUAAGGGCUUAACUCGAGCAAAGUCAAACAUUUUGUUCUUCGAGUUAAGCCACAACAUUUGAAAGAUGUAAAGGCCUAGGAGUUACAGUUAAUCUGGUCUCAUACAGAUUAAAUUAUCAUUUGGAUCGCGUUUCGUUCAAUCUCGGUUCAAUACGUUUUAUCUUCAUAUGUUAAUUCAUUAAUUUCAUCGGUCGCCAAAACAAGCUGGACGAGAAUAUUGAGCUUUGUCUAAGACAAAUGCAAUCCGUUCCAAUGCCUCUUCAUUUUAAGUUUCUAUGUUGUUUUUUGUUUUGCAUUGUAUUACAUUAAUUAGUGUCUGUUUCCAUUAUUAAAAUGGACGAAUUUGAGCAGAUCAUCAAUCUUUGUUGGUCAAAUUAAAUUCGACCAUGCUUUGAAUUCACUCUCCUUCUUGAGUGAAAAAUUCGAGGAAAUUAGGGGGGAAGUAUCCCAAUUGGAGGACAAUAAUAAAGGUUUAAAGAAAGAUAAUUUAUUUCUGAAAUCCGAAUUAGACAAGGCAACGAAUGAUAUGAAAAAUUUAAGAGAGCUGCAAGAUGAAUUUGAACAGGAUUGGCGUAGAGAAUGCGCUGAAGUUAGAGGAAUCCCGCAUGUUCAAGAUGGAAAUAUUAAUUAAUGCUUAAAAUAAAAAUAGAGACGAGUUCGAAUAUUGGAGUAUAUACAAAGGUAAACGAUCUGUCAUUCAGUUGUCCGCUCAAUCUAGGACGUAUAUAAUGCUCAACAUUUCAAUUCGCCUAUUAUAGUAAAAUUCAUAAAACGUGACACAUGUGAUAAGUUACACUCUGCAAGAUAUAAGCUGAAAGAUAUUACGACUAGAGAUCUGAGUUUCUCUAGAUCUUCUCCUUUCAAGGUAUUUAUAGUCAAAAGUUUGACAAAAAGGAAAAAGGAAAAAGGAACUAUUUAAUAAAAAUUGUUUACAAGUGUUACAAAGAGCAUGCGCAUUAAGGAACUUAUGAACAUCCCACAAUCAUUAGUGUAAAGUUAGCCAUGUAAAUAUGUGGAUAUGUGUGAAUAAAUAAUUGUAUUUUUUGUGUGACUUAAAUCGUGGUAACAAAUGGUCCUUCGAACCGGAUUCGAAUCUUUUUGGUAGUUCAGAAAUUAUGUCUCGAGGGAGUGCCGCGGAGGCGCAAGUGGUCUCUGGAAACCAGACAACUGGAACUGCUGAUGAUGAGACAACGAAUAAAGAAGAGCUCGAGAUAGCUUGGCAUAUUGCUAGUCGCAAAACAAGCAAGAGCAAAUUUACGAAGAUCCGAAAUCGAAUUCUUUCGUUGGUGGAAGAUGCCUCCGCUUCGUGUCGUGAGGUAGAACAGUUUUUCGCACAAUUAAAAGAAUUAGAAGCGAAACUAGAAGAGACAUGCGAGAAGUUACGGUAUUUGUUUACAGUACUUAAAGCAGACGCUCGUGUGACUCAAGUCGACCAGUGGCUAGACAAGUUAUUUGACGAAGCCUUGGAGGUUAAAUCAGCUGUAGCUCGAUACUUGGACGAUCGCUCUAGCAGUAGAAAUUCGCCUGUAAGAUCUAGCAAGAAAACCGCCGCUGUAAAAAGCAAGAUUUCGACGUUUACGGACAAACAACAAUCUGGUAAUUUAUUCGAAACAAUGAAGCAUGAAAUGCCUGAAUUUGAAAGGCCGGCAAUGAAUAUAGAUUCAAUUGCCCAUCACAGAGAUAUAGCUAACUUAAAAGCUACUUCUAAGCGUGUUAUUCACGGACAGCAAGGAUUUCAAGACGAAGAGAUUAGCGAAAAAGUUAUAACAAAUAAGACGGCAGCCUCAGGGAAAAGUAAACCAGACAAUUAUCGUGAUACGGUUGACUGGGUUGAAUCACAGCAAACUAUUCGUGCAACAACAAAUGAAAGGUCACAAAUUAAAUCAAAGUCGGACAGUGUAGAGAAAGAAAUACGUCAGUUAGAAGAAGAAAUUAAAACUAUUAGGGCUGCACGACAAGCUAUCAGUGAUCUUCAAAUGCCUGUAAUGACAAAUAGACGAAGAAACGUAUCCUUACGUGACCACGAUAUGAUUGAACAAUCAAGUCAACCGAGAAGGGAAGCCGAAAACAAUCUGGAAUUAUGGCGAGCUCUCAGAGACCAACGCGAGCGUCAAACACCUAUGAGAACAAAUCAGCGAAUAAAUACGCCUUUAACUGGUCCCGCAAAGGUCGAACUAUCUAGAUCUACACGAGCGGAUGAGGGCAACAGUAACAAGUUAUCAAACCAUUUAGAGCGAAUUCAUCUACCAACAUUAUCUGGCGAUAAAACCAAGUUUGAAGAAUGGAAAGCUCGAUUUACCGUGUGUGUUGAUAAAACUGACGCUUCAACAAUGCAUAAGUUAAUCCGUCUGCGGUCGCUUUUACGAGGGGAAGCGGAAGAACUUCUCGAAGGUCUUGGCUGGGAAAGCAGCGAUUAUUAUAGCGAUUAUAAUUUCUUGAAGAUGAAUAUGGAGGAGAUGAGCGAUUUAUUAACCGUCAAAUGGAUCUUAUACGCGAUGUAAAACAAGUAAAGACUGUAGAAGAUAUUCGACAAUUUUCUCGGCGUCUAAACACAUGCGUAGUUACAUUAAAGAAUCGUCGACGGUAUGACGAGUUGGAAGCCGGUAUGUUGUAUAGUGUGGUUAAGUCGAAAUUAUCUCCAAGACUACUGGAAUCAUACUAUUAUACGUGGCUUGAUUAUCAACAUCGUAGAUCUACUUUGGAAGCCCUACGAGAUUGGCUAUUGGUCUAUUCGAGACAUAAAGUGCAAGUCCAAGAAGAUGUUGAGGGUGUUCUAAAGAAUGAUCAAGAAAGAAGACCGAAUCGUCGCAAUAACACAUACGCGUCAGCACAGAACAACAGAAAAACGACGUCUAUUUGUUUCAAAUGUAACAAGAAACAUUAUAUUUCGAACUGUUAUCGGUUCAAAUCGAUGUCCCUAAAAGCACGUUGGGAAUUUGUUAGAGAAAAGAAGCUAUGUUUUAAAUGUUUGAACUCAGGUCAUCAAAGUGUAAAAUGCGAUAAAGAUGAGACGUGUCCAAUCUCGGAAUGUCACAGUCGACAUCACCCAUUGCUCCACCGACAUCAGCCCAAAGCGAGUGGAAAGGAUAAUGUUGAACAGACAACUACCACCGAGCAACAAAAUAAGGAACAGAGACAAAUUCAGAAUGAUCUAGGCAACACCAAUCUACCCCCUCCACAAGAAUCCACUCCAUCUACGUCAAUCAGUAAUCAUGUAACCGAUAAUGGAUCACAAUUUAUAGCACUUAGAACAGUUCCUGUCGUUCUGGUUAAUGGCAAUCAACGCAUUGUAGCCAAUGCCUUCCUUGACGAAGGAAGUACCGCUUCGUAUGUUCGAGAAGAUAUUGCUCAUAAACUUAAAUUGCAAGGAACACCUGAACAACUUCACGUUUCUACCUUAACUGGAAAGACGACGUUCAAUAGCACCCGUGUUCAAAUCAAUGUGGAAAGUCUUGAUAGUAAAUUCAGUAGUCGAGAUGAUGCUUGGACCAAGGAUACUGUAACUCCAGGACUUGAUGUGAUUGAUUGGAACAAACAAAAAAGUAAACGACCAACCUUCGUCACCUUGAAUUUCCUCAAGUUCCACGCAACCGAGUCGUUGACAUCCUGAUUGGAAUCAACGCUAUUGAAUUUCACUCACCUCUUGAAGAAAUUCCUGGCUUACAGGGUGAACCGGUCGCUCGAAGAACACCCUUGGGUUGGACGUGCGUUGGACCCUUUCAGAGAAACAUUGCUCUAUCUGAUGUACGUUCUCAUUGUGCAUUUCACAUUGCGAUGAAAGAAGAUGAAGGGGAUAAUUUGGACUGUACCCUACAGCGCUUUUGGGAUCUCGAAUCUAUCGGCUUAGUACCAGGCAAAGAAGAGACAUACACUCCAGACGAUUUGGAAGCUGAGAAGAAAGUUGCGAAUUCCUUACGUUAUGACAAUGGUCGCUACGAGGUAGGAAUACCAUGGAAGAAGAACGAACCACAGUUGGAAAAUAAUUACAACUUGGCUUAUAAACGUCUAGGAACACUCGAGCAGUCUUUAAAACGACGUCCGAAUGUCGCCGAGAGCUACCAGAAAGUAAUUGAAGAUUAUUUGUCCAAAGGGUAUAUUCGGAAACUUACCCGACAAGAAAAGCAACGACCAAAGUGGUACCUUCCACAUUUUCCUGUGGUGCGCAACGAUAGAACAACGACGAAAGUUAGAAUAUAGUCUUAGACGCAGCGUGUAGUUUUCAAGGGAAAAACCAGAUUGAUUCUAUGCACACUGGUCCUAAGCUACAGAAGGAAGUUUUGGACGUACUUCUACGUUUUGGCCGCGACAGGAGUGCCUUAUCGGGUGACAUUAGCGAGAUGUUUUUGCAAGUUAUCAUGGCAGAAUGUGAUCGUCCAUAUCAUUCUUUCCUUUGGCGUGACCUGGAAAUCGGAACUCCUGAUGUUUAUUAAUUUCAACGAUUGGUGUUUGGAGAUAAAGCGUCCCCCUACUUGGCUCAAGCUGUGUGUCGAGAACAUGCAAAGAGAAAAGCAAAUGAAUACCAGGAUGCUGCGAGGACAGUCUUGGGUUCAAUGUAUAUGCAUGACACCUUGGAUUCAGUCUCGAACGUAGCAGAAGUAAUUAAUCUUCGACGUAAUCUAACGGCAAUGAUGGCUCAAGCUGGAAUGAAAAUUAGAAAAUGGUGCAGCAACGAAGCAGCCGUGAUGGCGGAUGUCUCUCCUUUGGAUCGUGCUCAAAGAAGCAUAGAGAUACGAGACAAAGCUUUGCCAACAAUCAAAGCUCCGGGAGUUACUUGGGAAGCUAGCAAUGACUUGUUAAUUUUUCAAUACGCAGCACCACCUAUACCUGAUCAAUUAACGAAGAGAGUUGUAACAAGUUUUGCAGCCAAAAUCUUUGAUCCGUUGCAGAUUUUGUGCCCAUUUACAAUACAAGCCAAAAUUCUCCUACAGAAAGCCUGGAGUCGGGGUCUCACUUGGGAUGAGAAACUACCUGAUGAUUUGUCUAAAUCGUGGAAACAGUGGUUUGAACAGCUUACUCAACUUAGAGAAUUAAAGUCGAAAAGAUGCCUUCGACAAGAUCAAAGUGUUGAUAGCCAAUCAGUUCACACGUUUGUUGAUGCCUCAACGCAAGCGUACGCCGCGGUUUCAUACAUUCAGAACAUUUACCACGAUGGAACAGUUUCAGUGGUGUUUAUAGCAGCUAAAUCGCGAGUCGCUCCUUUAAAAGAAUUAACUGCACAAAGAUUGGAGCUUCUAUCAGCAGUACCCGGCCUACGAUUGAGUGAUUACAUUUCAAGAAGUUUACAAAUUCCUUUGAAUCAACACUACUUCUGGACUGAUUCUCGAAAUGUUAUCUAUUGGGUAAAUGGUAGUAGCUCCAAAUUCAAGCCUUUCGUUGCACACCGUGUUGCUGAAAUCCAAAAAUCUACUUCGCCUACACAGUGGAAACAUCUUUCUGGAGCAAUUAAUCCAGCCGAUAUUGCCACAACAGGGAUCACAUCGAACGGCUCGUCGCAAGUGUAACUUGGCUGAUUAGGCCUUCGUUUUUGCACAGCGGUCCUUGGCAUGAGCAACGCUAUGUUAUCCCUGAAGAAGGAACAUCUGAAAAAAAGAAAAAAGAAUCAACUGAACUUGUUCAUCUGACGCAGACAUCCAUUCAUUCACCCCUCAAGUUUAUGCUACUAGAUGCAACUCGAUUUUCAAAGUGGAUAAAGCUUGUUCGUUGUACGGCUUGGGUUUUACGAUUUGUCCACAACGUAGCCCGUGGUAAGCUUGAAAAACGACAUGGUGAAUUAGAUGAUGAAGAAAUCCAAGAAGCAGAGUACUAUUGGAUACGUCAUGUCCAAAGGAAUGGAUUCGAAUCAGAGUUAAGAGCCGUGAAGAGUGGCAGCAAAUACCUCGUCAAAGUCCAAUUAGAAGUUUAAACCCCGUUCUUGAUGACAAUGGUAUAUUGAGAAUGAAAGGGAGACUACAAUGGGCAGAACAAUUGCCUUACGAGACAAGAAACCCCAUUAUUCUACCGAGACGGGCUUACAUAACAAAACUCAUCGUUGGUAAAUAUCAUGAAAUAGGAAAUCAUGAAAAUGGUGUGAAUCACGUUCUUGCUGAUAUUCGAACACGGUUUUGGAUCGUACACGAGCGAGAAGCAAUCAAGUCCUAUCAGUCAAAAUGCAACACAUGCAAAAAGAAUCGAGCCAAAGCAGCGACGCAAAUUAUGGCGCCGCUACCCAAGUGAAGAAUAGGACUACCCAUGAGAGCAUUUGCUAGGUGUGGUGUGGAUUACGCUGGACCGUUUUUGACGAAGCAAGGCAGACGAAAAUCUAGAACAAAACGAUAUUUAUGUCUCUUCACGUGUUGUGCUACUCGCGCCGUGCAUUUGGAAAUGGCUUGGAGUCUGGACGCCAAUUCCUUCUUGUCGAAGUCUUCCCGGAUGACCAGUCGUCGCGGAUUGCCCCUGGAGGUGAUAUCAGAUAAUGGCACCAACUUUGUAGCGGCGGAACGUGAAUUGCGAGAAUGAUUCAAGGCGAUGGAUAAGAAUGAAAUCAAGAAAUCUAUGACUAAUCAACGUAUUAAAUGGCGAUUCAACCCUCCAGGUGCAAGCCACUUCGGCGGUUUCUUCGAAGCCCUAAUAAAAAGUGCGAAACGAGCCAUGAAAGCUGUAAUUGGAAAUGCAGAAAUUACUGAUGAGGAGUUACAAGUCAGCAUUUACUACUGACACGUAAACUAGUAAUAUGUAAAUUUUGAUCUGGGUUGAAAUUAUUCUCAAAACUUGCAUCAAUUUAAUUAAAAACAUCAAGAUAAAAUAGGCUUGGCAAAUGAUCAAGCGUAUUUCUUUAGGGAAACUCACUAGAUAAACCGGCAGUGGUGUAGCGAAAAUUCUGUUCAUCUAAAUUUUAUACGUGAUGGAAAGGAAGAAGAGAAAAGCAACUAAGAUUAUUAUUCCUACUUUGUUCGUCAAUAUCUGACAUGGAAUGUAUAAUUAUAAUUUAGAAAAUACACAACACACUCUCAUAGAAUAAGCCUGAGCAAAGGCUUGAACGUAGUUAACUUAUUUAGCCACAUGUUGAUCCUGUGCUGCACUCAUUAACAAUUUAUUAUGCCUCUAUAUUUGAUUUAAUAACAUUGAUUAAUUAUUCUUGUAUACUUUGUAUAAGCUUAGUUUUUUGUUUGUUUUCCUUUUGUUUUGUUUUGUCUGUUAGUGACCACAUAAUGUCUUAAAUGAAACAGGGGUUCUCUGACUAUAAACUAACUAUUGUAUUUCAGAUAACCUGUGCUAUUUAGUUGAAUUUCAGUGUGUAAAUUAAUAAUUUUUUUGUAUUCUAUAUAAUAAUUGUGCUAAUAAAUUUAUGUUAUAAUAAUUUUUGUAAUAUAGCCUAGCAUUUGUAAAUUCUGAAAUCUGAUUGGCUAAGAGCCGUGUUGAUAUAACUCAAUGUCAACACGGAAACGUCGGAAAAUUUCUUUCUUUAUACUUCCUUGUGCUAUAUUAUAAAACAUAUAUAAAACUUUUUUCCGUAUUGAUAUAGGCUACAGUUAUAUCAAUUAACACGAGUGGAAUUUGGGAAAACUCGAAAUUGUGCGAAACACUACGCCCAUAGGGCGUCCUCCGCACAAUUUCUCCUUUUCCCAAUUUCCGCUCGUGUAGAUAUAACUGUAUAUCAGCACGGAAAAUUUUUAUAUUUGUCAAAUGGUAUGUUAAAGGCGAAAAGCUCAAAACCGACUUUUGUGUUAUGCUUUCCUUUCCCCUCAGAAAGAUAGAUAGGCUACUCGGGCUAACCUUCUAGAACAAAAACAUGACCUAGCUGGUAUUGCAAGCAAAUUUUUAAACAUGCGAUAUAUAAAUAAUUUACUCACACAUUUGAGUGACAAAACACUUGCAACUUAUAUUACAAGUUUCUAACAGUCAAAACUUAAAUCAAAAUUUAUUUUGUAUUUAUUUAGCGCCUUCCACACUGUAUGAACAGAUUGGUAAAAAUAAUUAAAUAAGUUGAAUUUGCCGUCAAAGAUGCACUUUCUUUUGACCAAUAUUAUUUUAGUCAACAGAACCGAAAAAUUGGUAAAAGUACCUCUUUUUUUGUUGUUUUAGUUACUAAUAAAAUUUUGGUCAAGUAAGUGCAACUGAUACAACCAAAUUAAAUUGUAAAUUUUAAUCAAUCUGUGCAUGUAAUUUGUUGCGCUGCAUUUAAUUUGUUCGACUGUACUUCGAUAAAACUGCAGUCAUCUUAACUAAUCAGAAUCGAGUAUUUUUUGUAAUUUAACAUUAGAAUGCAUGAUUAUUUAACUUUUUUGCACUUAGUAUCAAAUUGAAUUCACUCUUACCGAAUUGAAAAUAUUUCAGGAAGGAUAUCGGAAAUUGAUUGAGGCAGGCAAAAGCGAUGCAAUAUCUUCAAUUCCUGGAAAUGCAAGUGAACGGUACAAGUUCGAAGAAGCAAGGCCAAAACAAACGGAAGGUAAUUACGAUAGCAAUUACAAAAUAAUAUAUGAAAUUCCUAAUAGAGCAUCAGAAUAAAAAAAUAUAUAUUUAAUUCUAUUAGGGCAUCAAAAUACAAGAAUAUCGUUUCAGCAAUUCGCGGAGGAAUGUUGGUUUCGGUUGUCCAUGCACCUCCAUAAUGAAAUGACAAUUUUGUGCAUUUAAUAUGUGGGCGUUAAAUGCUUUUAUGUUCACCCGCCGGGAAUAUUUACAGCGUUUUGUAAGGACCGCCCUAAUUGCCGAGGGGGAGACGUGUGCGUAUAUCUAUCCGAGCUUUCCAUGCCAACCGCCGAACCGAUCUCGAAAAUGAUAAUUUCGAGUGCUUGUGACUUUGGCUUCGCCCCCCUCGUUUACUUAGAUCCUUUGUGGCAUAGUGUAAACAACGUUCAAUUUUACUAUAUAUUUAAUAUCAUUUAAUAAUAUAUCACAAUAAAACAGCAGGUUCGGCAAUGGCGCUAGCUUUGUUAUAUAUUUUCGCCAUCAGUUUGGAGGCGUGAACUCAAUAAAGAAGACGGGUUGUUGGCGUGCCACACUAGCUACUGAUUGGCGCGUUGUCUCUACGUCAUUACUAUCAAAUUAUAAUGUUAAUAUAAACAUGACCUCCCCCCCGUCGCCAAAAAAAUUUCGGUCAGUGUACCAUUUUAGGGGUCAAAAAAAUUUUCCGGACAACCAAUUUUUUUCGGAACAUAACACAAAUUUUCGAAAAAUCGCACAAUUUGCCAAAAAAUUGACUUAAUUUUAGACAAAAUUGAGGUAAUUUUAGACAAAGUUGACAGAUUUUGUCCCAUUUUUUUUUAUUGUAAGCCAAAAUUGCCCGACUGUUGAUCGAAUAUUGCCAGACUGCCCAAAAAACUGGUGGGGGGCUACCGCCCCCCCCCCCGCCCGGUACGCCUUGCUUGCCUGUAUGGUAUUCACCCAAAGUUUUUUCAGCUGCUCUUAGUUCAUUCGCAGUUACUCCAACUGGCACUGGCUGUCCCCUGGUUUUGUCACCGAAUCUCUUUAGUAACGCUGUUACUCGUAGAAGUUGCUCUUUGGUACCGUACCGGUUGCAAUCGAUGAUGGCUUCUACGUUAGGUGGUGUUAUCGUAACAUUGGCUAAAGCUCUCGUCAUAGUUGAUUCAGUCUUGGGCUUCAUGAUUUCUGCGAACGCGCUCAGUUCGUCAUUCUUUGUAGGUCCUGGUUCACUCGGCCAAGCCUCAUCGGUGCUUCGAAUAAACUCUGGACCGUUCCACCACGUCGUAUUCUUCGUUAACUCAAUUCCACGACUUCCUCGAGAGGGCAGGUCUGCGGGGUUUUUCUCUCCUGGGCAAAAUCUCCAUGAUUCUUUCUCGACAAGCUCCCGUAUCCCUUGAACUCGAAGAUUGACGUAAGAUUUCCAACCUUUCUCGUUUCUGAUCCAACACAAAACUGUGUAAGAAUCAGUCCAACAAAAUACUUAAUUUUAAUUUUUAGGGGCAAGUUUAUGUACAAAAUUGCUCAUACGCAAGCACCACCUGUUUUAACCGAUAUCUUUGAAGACUCAUCUGCUCCUCAACAUAAUUACAAUUUAAGAGACCAUGAUUUCAAGUUUUACUUACCAAAACCAAAAACAGAAUACUUGAAAAAUAGCAUCCGGUAUAGUGGAGCAAAACUCUGGAACAGCUUACCUUGCGAGUUAAGAAGCGCAAAUUCAUUAAAUCUAUUCAAUUCGUUGAUUUCUGAUACUAGCCUGCAGUCUUAAAUCUAUUAUUAUAUCUUUAUUUAACCAUGAUUUAACUAAUUGUAAAAUUUAAUAUGUAAGUGUAACUAUUGUAUAUAUUUUAUCAUCACGCCCCUCUUGGAAAUCAGCAAAUGCUGAAGGGGUUUUAGCUUGUUUAAAUAAAGUUUUAUCUACAUCAACAAUGAAGUUAGCGCUUUCCGCACAGAGUUCGUAGAUCGAGCUAGAGGAUAGUUGCACCCAGUAAUUCUAGUCGUGGUAUUGAUUGUUUUUUAAUCGGAGCCACUCUUGUUUUGGAGGCUACAAGAUUUACUUCAAUUUCUCCGCUAUGAUGAACUGUUCGCAAAUACACUACGGCUACGUAGGCCUUCGACGAGGCGUCACUAAACCCGUGAAGCUGGUAACCUGUCGGUUUCUUUUUGGUUAUUCGGAAGUAACAUCGAGGUAUUCGGAUGUCGUUCAAUGCUGAGAGGUCUACGAUAAAUUUUUUCCAUGCCGCUAGCUCUUCUCCGUCUGACACGUCAUCCCCAUUAACGCCAUUAACACACAUAAUUUGGAACAAAACUUUCAUACUGAUCGUAAAUAGGGUAAUCGCUUCGUAGGAUUAAGUGUUGGCACAAAGUUCACCGAUGCAGUUAGGUCAUAUUGAAUUUCAUCAGUGUUGACAUUCCAAUUCAGUCCUAGAAUUUUUAUAGAACAUUCUGGAUUGGGAUCGUCAUCAGCUUCUGAUCGCGCGGACAAAAUGUCGUCAUUCGCUUCGUUUGAAUCUCUCUCAGUUCGGUUUUCCUUUUCUGUCGAGUUGAUAAACACGUCUUGCUUACUCUCGAGGGGUUUUACUUCAGUUAAUGCGGUUUCAUCGACUUUACUGCACUUCAGUUCGCCGGCUACUUUCGUCUGAAGAACUGUCGAGUUGGAAUUCCAUUUCCGCAAUUUAAAUCCCCCAGAGUUCAGGAUGUCCCACCUUUAUUCGCAGGAAAAAAAGACAUUCGCAUCUGCUUCAUGGACUUCUCGAAAUCGUUCAAUCGAAUCGGCUGUAAUAUGCUUAUUGACAAACUGAUCGAGCUGGGUGUUAGAAGCUCUCUUUUCCAUUAAAUCAAUUUUCUAACGAAGCGAAGACAACGAGUAAAGAUUGGUAGAUCACUUUCUAAUUGGCUUCCCAUGACAGCUGGGGUCCCCCAAGGGACAAACUGGGAAUAUAUCGUCAGUAACUCAACCAACCCUUUAACCUCAUCGAAUCAUGGUUUUUCAACAAAUGGAUGAUUCUUAAUUUAACCCAAUAAAAUGCAACUUGUUAUCUUAAAAGAUCCGUAGAAUUCCAACCCUUAAAAUAGAAAUAAUUCAAUUCCACAAAGCAUUAGGCCUAAUCAUUCAAAAUAAUCUGAAAUGGGACGAACAUAUAAUCGGUCCAUAAUCGCGAAAGGUUCCAAACGCUUACACAUCCUCAUAAUUUUGCGACGGAGUGGUAUUCUACCAGCUGACCUCAUUAAAAUGUAUUCCGCCCUUAUUCGUUCGAUUCUGGAAUAUAGUUGCGAAGUUUGGGGUAAUUCGUUCCCCAAUACCAUUCUGAUGAAUUGGAAAGACUGCAAAAACGAGUAAUGCGUAUCAUAUUUCCCUACGACGAAGCAUUGGUGAUGUCGAGUUGCGAAAGAUUAGAUAAUAGACGAAACACAAUCUGCGUUAAAACUUUGAGCAAAAUUAUUAAACAUGGCCCCCUAAAGGAACAUAUGUUGCAAACCAGAGCAACAGAUUACCAAUACAACACCAGCAAUUCAAAUGACUUAUCAUUAUACAAGUACAGAACAGAAUGCUUCAAAAACCGCUUCUUUCCAAGCACAAUUGCAAAGAUAAAUAAGUAGUUACAAAUAGCCAACCAUCCAAUCGUUUUCUUAUUCCAUUUUAAAAUAACUUCUAGCAUAGCUUUUUAUAUACCCAUAUGUACCAUGUAAAAUAUUUCUUCUUUUUAACUUUCUUACAUUUGUAAACAAUUUGUAAUUCAAAUCUUAUUUGCGAUAACAGUGUAAAUAAACCAUCGAUAAUAAUAAUAAUAAUAAUAAUAAUGGAAACUUUAUUGAAAUUAUAUACGUAUAUAUAAAAUUAUAAAUCGCACUAAUUUAGGUAAUUUAUAAUUGACUACUUGAACCUACUUAAUAUUUAUAUAUUAAUAAUGAGUAUCCUUAAAUGUUCAGUAAUUCCGGAUUUAACCAGUCCUUAUCUCUGCAACAAAAUAUAUAAUAUGUUGUCCUAAUCGGGAUAGACAUAAUUUUCCUAAUAGCGAAAUAUUGGUGUCUUUUAUCAAGACCUAGAUCAGUUAACAUAUCUAAAAAGGAAUGACAUUCUUUUGAGAAAACGCCUAAAGAACUAAUUGAUAAAUUUACAAAUUCUACGGACUUAAAUUGUUUCUUUUGCUGUGUAAUGAGAUCUUCGUAUCCUUAAUAAUAAUAAUAAUAAUAAUAAUAAUAAUAAUAAUAAUAAUAAUAAUAAUAAUAAUAAUAAUGAUAAUAAUAAUAAUAAUAAUACCUUAAAAAAUAAUGAAAACUUUAUUAAAUGGAUAUUUAUCUUAUAUAUACAAUUGCAAAUCUCACUUAUUUAAGGUAAUUUACAACUGGCUACUUAAAUCACUGAUUAUAUAUACAAAAAUUAUACUAUUAAGAUAACAAAAUGACAGUACAACGUUUAAACACUUAACAGUUCCGGAUUCGUCCAUUCCUUGUUUCGACAAAAAAAAAAAAAUAAUAAUAAUAAUAAUAAUAAUAAUAAUAAUAAUAAUAAUAAUAGCGUAAAUCAAUAGCGUAAAUUAUCUCGUACACUGAUUUCAUGCCGAUUCUAGAUUAUAUCAUCCAAGUAUGUUUAAUUAAUAGUAUGUGAAAACCUUUUAUUCAUUAAACAGUACGUUUCAAGCAAAAAUACUCGCAAAAAUAUGCAAAGAAAUAAAAAUAUUUACAAGAUGAAGAAAUAUAUGAGCUAGCAGUAUGUCUGCAUUGUAAGUAAAUUAACCAUAUAUAAAAAAUAUUUAAUCAAUAUUUUUUUUAUUUCGCCCGGCAGAAACUAUUUAGAAGUUAUUUACAUUUGUUUUUCUUUUUUUUUGGAUAGGCUAGGGUACGUUCCUACGAGGAACGUCCUAUGCAAUGCAUAUAUUAUUCUACAAGAUGGUGCUUCACGUCAAAUUUUAUGUCAAUUUAUCUUACACUUUAGAUUUAAACAUCGAGAUUGCCUCAAGAAUAAACGAGGAAAUUCGAUAUGCUUUGGACCCCAAAGAAUUGGAAUCCUUUGCUCGUCAAAUUGCUACUGGAAUGGUAAAUUGCUUCCACUUGUAAACUGUCUAAAACCUAUGCAGCAUUUGUAAAAAAAAUCCUGAAUCAAUGUCAAGAUGUUUGUAGUCCGUAAUGGUUUAAGAAUAUAAUCAAAAAGUCAAUAACCCUUAUAAUAAUUAAAAUGGUACUCGCGUCAAAACUUUUAUUCUCUUAAACAAAAUUAAUCCUCUUCAAACUGUGUAGUAACUUGUUUUGAAGAUUUUUGUUCCCAUGUUUAGUUUUUGCAAGAUAUUUCAUUUUGUUUGUAACCAUGUGGCGCCGUUUACUCAAUUACAUAUAUACGUUAUAUCGGUAAUUGUUGUGCAUUUUUUCUAUUUUUGUGGAUUUGUUUAAAAAAAGGUAUACACUUAAUGACGUAUGUUAAAAUAACAAACACGCCGUAUCUUUGGAAAGAAUUUGAUAAAAUAGCAAAGAUAGAAAACAAUUACUGAUAUCUCAUUGCAUAUGUAAUUGAGUAGACAACGUCUCGUAGUUACAAACAAAAUGAAAUAUUUCAAGAACUAAGCAUAGGAACAAAAAUCUUCAAAACAAGUUACUAUACAGUUCUAAGAUAACUUUCGUUUGAGAAAAUAAAAAUUUUGACGCGAGAGACAUUUUAACACUAAUAUUAAAUACUUCUGUAUUGGUUCCUGGGCCAAUUUCUUCAAGUCACUCAACAAACUGCUAUUUAAUCAACCAAUCACAGUCGUGUAAUGAUAUGUUAUUUCAUAUUAUUGUUUUAGAAAUAUAUUUCAGGUCUUGGUAUUGUUCACCGUGAUUUGGCAGCAAGGAAUAUACUACUUGGUGAAGAAAAAGUUUUAAAAAUAUCAGAUUUUGGCUUAUCACGCGAGGGAACGUAUAUAAAAAAAUCUAACGGAAAAAUUCCUUUCCGAUGGCUAUCGAUUGAAGCGAUAGAAGAACGAGCUUAUUCCACUGCCAGUGAUGUGUGAGUACAGCAAUUAAUUAGAAAUAACUGCGUAUUGGAACACCUCGCAUUUUAAAUAAAGCGAAUGUAAGUUCAAUUCCCAUACAUAUCAUCAACACAAUGCAUCCUGGGAGAAAAUUGAGAAAAACAAAACACAAAUAUCAUUCUUCAACAUCCAUGCAGUUUCGGACAUUGUGUUAUUUUAUGUUGUUUUAACUUGAAGUAUCUAGCUACUGCUACUUCCAGACUGCUGAUAGAAAAGUGAGUAAAGUUUUCACAAAAUACUUUGUAUUUAUCACAAUAUAGUAAAGGCAUGAUAUCCCGCUGUCAUCUACAGUGACUUGUGAGCUGUAUCGCUUAAAGCGAUUAAACAUUCUGUUAAGUUAUUUAUAUGGAUAGAAUCUUGCUCGUGUAUUUCAGCUUUGAUUAAGCGCUUUUAUCUGGAAAAUUUCGUUGGCAUACUCGAAAUAAAAAUAUCUAUUUAAAAUUUUCAAUGAAAAUCGGGUAUUCGAACGAAUAUUCAAUUAAGGAAGGCGUUGCCUGUGUUAAUUAUUUGCAAACCGAUUGUCUAUAUAAACUCGAUACCGAGUUGUCUAAUUAUCUUACUAUACACUUUUAUACUAAAAUACAAACUCCAAAUAAAUCAAAUUUAAAAUCUGGCAAACCAGCCUCGUGAUGAUUUCUUUCUACCUUCGCCCAACUCGCUUGCUUUUUUAUUACUAUGGCAAACAUCCUGCGAAACUUGUUUUUAUAUUCAGAGCUUGUGAGCUACGAAAAUAUUUUGAAACAUGCCCAAGGGAAAAAAGACGCGACGUUUUGACAAUUAUAAGAGGAUGAAAGACGACUUAAAAGUAGACAAUUUAAUUAAGACAUUUUCAAUCUGUAAAAUGUAUGAUUUCCCGAAAUGUUGCAAUAGUUUAUAAACGUUCGCAUGAAAUGCACACAAUUAAAGUAAUCCUUGUCUAGUGAAUUAAACAAAUGAAAUACAUGACAAAGUAGCUGUGAACGAUACUGUCAUCUAAACUACAUAUAGGCAGAAUAUGACUUUUGUUGUUUAAAUUUUAUUAGGCGGGAAAGUUAACGUCGAAUUAGCCUUUUAAAAAAAGUUGGUGCGAUAAACAUAAAAUCACAUGCAUUGUGUAGACAUGGGAACAAAGAGAAAAAUUAAUUAUAAGCAGCUGAAAUUCCAACGUUCUGGUUCUAAUAUGCAUAAAUUAAAGAUGUGCACUUCAAUUCUGAUUGUCUUCAUGUCACGUUUUGUCGUACGAUUUAGAUUUGCUCCCUACAAUAAACGUUUUCAAACCGCGUUUUGAUUUUUGACUAAUUCCAACAAAAUUUUGCAAAACAAAGUUCCUUAAUUAAUAUAAAAAUGUGACGUCAUCAUUUAAAAAUAGAAUCAUAAUACGUAACAGCCGUUACCAAUUUGUUUAACAUCAUUUCGUUUUUCCAAACUUACAUAGUUUUUAUAUUCACAUAUGCGUCAUUUCUCAUUUGUAGAUGGGCAUUUGGAGUUGUAUUGUGGGAAAUAUGCACGUUAGGUAAGAGCAUUUCCUAUCGACUUCUCAACGACCAUACUGCGUCAACGAAAUAAAAGGCGACAGCUAGAUAAAUAAUUUUUUUGUUCGAACAAAUUUCACAACCGUUCAUGCAGAACAAAAAACAAAAACGUUUUGCCGUAAAAAUUUAUACAUAAUUGCCUUUUUUUUGUCCCGUACUUCCAUUUGUUUAAAUUUUGGAACUUCUUUUGUUGCACGUGGCUACCCAGAUUUAUAUAUUUUAGGCGACACUCCUUAUCCUUCAGUCUCGGACAGAGAUCUCAAAGAUUUCUUACUUUCCGGAAAGAGAUUGGAGAAAGUGGACAGCUGUACGGACAAUGUGUAAGCUUUGAUCACUUUUCGGAGCAGCAACUUGCUAAUGACUAUCAGGCCAGGAAUAUGCAUGGCUGACAUGCAUGAAAGUAAUAACUAAAAACUUUUGCAAAAGACCUUUGUUUGACAGCUAAUUUUCAUGUUUCAAAAUUACGAAAAGCAUCUUGGGAUAAGAAUUUUCAUGUCUAGUCCCAAAUUAUUAUAGGAAAAUAAUUUAUCCUAAUUUCCUAUAAGAAUUUUGGGUAUUCCUCUAGAAAUUCUAGAAUCUAGAUGAAAUAAUAAAUGACACACAAUGUUGUUCAUCAAUCUUAAUUUUCAAAAUAACUAUAAUAUAUAUAUAUAUAUAUAUAUAUAUAUAUAUAUAUAUAUAUAUAUAUAUAUAUAUAUAUAUAUAUAUAUAUAUAUAUAUAUAUAUAUAUAGGCUGGAGUGUCAAAACAUUGGGUCUUGAUUUCAAUUCGAUGUAAUAAUUUAUUUAAACGAGAGUAGCGAACGAAAGCAUGAUUAAAUUUAAUAUUUUUCAUUUGAGCGGAAAUCUACUUUUAUUUCAGAAUUUUAGGUUUACUCUUCGCUAAUUACAAUGUAGUAAUCCCUAGUUAAAUUCAGUAAUAUUAUCAAUUUAUUCACUUUUUUUAAUGUGAGACUUUCAAAUGUAACCUUCAAAGUAAUAAUUAGACUUACUUCAUUGCUUUAGAUAUGAGAUAAUGGUAAGGUGUUGGAGUCAUCUUCCAAAAGACAGACCUACAUUUUCUGCUCUAUCAGAUAAAUUAUGGGAUCUUGAGCAUAAUGAAAAUACCUAUGUCAAUGUAGACAGUUUAAUGCGCCAGUCUAUCGAAUGCGAAGGUAUGUAGAGCUUGAGUAGAUCGCUUCAUCAUGAUCAACAAACGAUGCGAUUAUUUUUCAAUACAAACGCUUUCCACGCGCUGCAUAUAUUAUGAGGACUGGGAGCCCGUAUAUUUCCUAUCAAUAAAAUAUCAAUAAAUAUGAAUACAAAAUUGCUACAAAUAUAUCUAUACAUCAUGCAGUUGUACCAAAGCAGUCAGUGUAGAAACGCGGGAGGAGAGUAUUAUGCAUAUAGUUAUAGCCUAUGAAAGCGGUCAGUGUAUAAAUGCGAAAUAUCACUCGAUUUGCGAGGGAAAAUGCUAGUAGAGAGGAAAGGGUUGAAACUGCGCUGCUUUUCUCAUUUGCCAUACGGUAUAAAUUCGACAAGUUUCUUCCCCAGCUGUUUGUUAACAGAAGCCAUCGGAUGGCAAGCCGAUCAACCACCCUUUUAUUCAUAACUGUUUGACAACAGUGUUUUACGUUUUAAAAUAAGUCAUUUAAGUAUGUACACUUACAUCCCUUAAACUUCCAACCGCAUUAAUAUUUUGGUUGGAAGACAUGUCCAUGCAAGUUAUGGAAUAAAUGGAUUGUAAUAUGUGAGCUGGAAUAUCUCUAAUUAUUAUAUACACAAGGUCUGGAUCAACCUCGUUCCCAGGGCUUCAGUGCGAGGACGAGGCGAGACGCGAGGAAGCCCUGGUCUGCGCCGGUCAAUUUUGCAUUCUGGUUGGCUAACACCAUAUCGUCUAAAAAUAACUGAACUAGAUAGUUGACAAUAACAAUUCAACAUUUGUAUUUUUAUGAUUCUUGUGUGUAUACGAGUAUGUUUUGCAAAAUAAUCUUUCAAAGUAAGGCGUCUUCCCGGCUGCAUGAUUUACUUUCGCCUCGGCCGGUUACAAAACUCAAAAGCCGUGUCGAAGUGAGCUGUGAUGUUUCCUGACAAAACAAGAAACGUCUACUAUUAUUUAAGCUUUAGUUGUCCUUGUACAGUAUUUAUUAGUGCAGAUGUCUGAAGAAAUACUACGCGUAUUGCACUGUAGUAAUAUUAUUAUUUUCAAUAUUCUGUGACUGACAAAUAAAAGCAAGACAUACAAUUAAACGAAACUACUAAAUUAAUUUAGGCCCUGUUUACUUAAUAGCUCUACGCCUAGGCCGAUGUAGUCGGCUCUACAAGAUUCGCACGCCACCCAGAUUUUCAGUUUCAGAAUACCCCGAAUACUUGAAAAUUGCGACUAUACGAUAAAAUAAAAUUUGUAGGCAAGCAUUGCUUCGGAACGGCAAGUGUUGGUGUCCGACGAAACAAGUGAAUUCGUAUACUCCUGCACAGCGUAAACAGGUUAUGCGAGGUUUAUAUUUGUGUUCAUUUAUAUUAAACUAAAUCAGAUCUAUAAGAACAUAUUUAAACUAUUCAAGACGAGAGAUAGGAAAUUUCGUGUGAAUCACCACUUGCAUGGAGACGCCUAGAUGCAGCUUCGAUGCAGCUUUGCCUGUAGUUGAAAAUCUCCAGAAAUAUCGGUAUAUCUUAGAAAACAUAGACGGGAUCUUCAUAGAUUUUAACUGAUUCGUGCCAAACUUCGCUCUACACAUAAAUAAUAUCGAUUGAGAAGUCUUUUGCCUAUUUAUUUGUUUCGAAGACUUCGACUUCGAUUUGUUUCGCCACUUCUUGACGAGUAGCUGUCAAAUACUGCAAUUUUUUGUCGUCACGUUGACCGGCCCAGACCAGGGCUUCCUCGUGUCUCGCCUCGUCCUCACACUGAAGCCCUGGGAACGAAGUUGGGUCUGGAUAUGAGGUAUUCUGCAAUCAGAUUGAUUCUCUACUAGCAGGAUAUUAGCUCGUAUCCUGCUAGUAGAGAAAAACAAAAUGGCGGCUCAAACUGAAUUUCCGACGUUUUGCAAACGAGAAAACGGCAAGAUGUUCGUUUUUUUAUAGCCUUUACAGGAUUAAAAACACAAUGAAAACUCCCACAAAUUGUUUACUGGUAAGCAAAUUAUUUUUUUAAAUUUAAAAUGGUUAAAAAUACAUAUUUUUGAAAAAAUUAUCGGCCGAAAGAGCGCAUUAAGGGACUGGUCAUAAAGUGAGAGGGGUGCUGGACAAAUCAUACAUUUGGUAUCUGUAAUUUUGGUAGCCCACCCGUUUAUAGCUGCUCGAAAAUGUGUACCCCACCCUCAAAAUGAACAACCCUUUCGGAAAGGCGAACGAUACCAGAGUUCCAUUUUUCUGUUGCCAAAUAAUUCUGUGUUACAAUACUCAAUAGCUAUUCAAGUGGUGCAAUUAAUUACAGAAAGGUCUUUCUUUGCAUGGAACUUCGUAUGCAUGCUGCAGUAUCUUUCAUCUCAUAAUUAGAAAACUUUAAUUUGGUUUGACAUUUACGGCUAAUGCCGUAGAAAUUACACUAAUUUUGUUACAUAAUAAACAUCCUGCACAAAGCUCGUGACAUUUAACAAUCAGAAAAUCAGUUAGCAACCACUAACGUAUUAGCCAUGGUGGUGGAAAUGGCAUUUGCAGCAUUCUGAGAACAGAUUUUGUUAAAAACUAGGUUUUCAAAACACUGAUUUAAUGGUGAACGUUAUUAUAAAUCACAUGCCAAGUAUUGAACACCAAAAUUUCAGCGAAAAUAUUUACAUGAUUAUUUACAUUUGUGAAUGGAAUUGGAAGCUGCUUUAGUUUAAUUGACAUGGCGCCAAUGACAAUGUAAAAAUUUAUUUGCUAAGUUUGUCAAUUGGAUUAUCUAUUGUUUUUGGGCUUAAUAGUUUAAUACGCACUCAAAUAUUAUUGUGCAGCAGGAAGUUUCGCUGCUAAACAAUUGUAUAAGCUUCCGAAACGACAAAAAAUGGACAAUCACACUUAAAGAAGUGCCUGUUGCAAGAAGUUGAUCCGCUAGUAUCCGUCAAAAAGAGUGUACAAAAUACAUAUGUUGUGACAUGUACAGUACAGAAACAUAUCAUUAUAUUAUGACGACUACUACAUUAUUUGAGUGUGAUUUGGUGAAAGAUUUUUACAGUUUUUCAAAAUUACUGUCGGGGGGGGGGGUCUCGGGAUUCAUAUUCGACUCGAGUUCGUAGAAUAACUGUUAAAUAUUCACCUAUAUCUCAUGCAGUUUUAUCAGGACUUAUACCAAAACAUGCAAUUUCGGAAUCGCAUAUAUUUUUUGGAAAUAGAGCGGCAAAAGUUCGGAGUUUCGACACUUCCCUCUCCCCUAAGUUUCCUCUUGCGUGUCCUUCUCGCAUCGCGUGUUUUCUACACAGACUGCUUUGAGAUAUCUGUAUGAAGUUUAUGUAUGGGUUAGGGUUUCAUUAUGUUUGUUCUGAUAUUAAUUGAUAUUUUACACAGAACACAGUCGGGCUUGGUAUGAACACCAGGAAAUAAAAGUAUAGUUGAAAGAAAUUCUUGGUCAUUAUUUCAAAUUCUGCGUACAGCGGUUCGUUGCAAGUUGUCCUCCAUGCAGAUAUCGUCCACAUGCUUAAAUUAGGUUUCUGGAAUUACGUACAAUAGAGCUGUAAAUUCAAACGAUUUUUUCUGGCCAAAAGUACAUUUACUGCAAUAAUCAUUUUGUUUACUUUAGAUUAUGAAGAAGAUCAUGAACAAUUAAACCAGGUAAAUUAAAGCUAUAUCAAAGCAACCUGCACGACCGGAUAUUACGAAUUCAAACGCCACAAAUAUAUAACAACGUUAAAUAUACUUAUAUUUCAAUUGAUCUCGUACCCACAGCGAACGUUGAGUGGCUUUCGCCACACGGGUUUGGAUAUGAGCUUGAUUGGUCGAUCCAUAACCCAUAAUUCCUGUAUUCAAAAUGAGUGUAUGGAUUCACGCGAGACCAAUAUGAGUGAAUAGAUUCACUCCUUGCGGAUAAUUCAACAGUGGAACGUGCAAAAACAGUAACGAAAUUUCCAAUCAAGCUGUUUCACAUUUAUUUUGAGUAAUCAGAGGAACACUCAUGACAUGUAGACAUAACAAUAACCCGUCCAGUUUAAUUUUCAUGAGUCCAGGUGGUGAUUGUCAAUAAAAUGUGCACCUAUAGUACUGAUUCUGACAAUCCAUCCACAACUAAAAACGUUCAGAAAGUUUCUACUUCCUCAGAUUUUAGUUGGACCUCUACCUCCCUUUUACUGUGAUGGGUUAAUGAACGAAUGAAUGAAUGAAUGAAUGAAUGAAUGAAUGAAUGAAUGACAUUGGUCGUCAUGAGACAUGCAACAAAAUUAACACCUAACUCUAUAAUCUCAUAUUUCUCAACCUUAGUUGCUAAACUAAUACAUUUCCAACUUUCGUUUGAGGAAAAUAACGACUUUGGUGAUGGCUGCGAUGAACAGUUAUUCUGGAAUGGCAUCACAACCAACAAAGUGUCAAAUUGCAUGGAUUUUGGAGGCAGUAGAGAGGGUAUCAAUGCCAAUGUCCAGCAGGAACAGUCGGUUUGACAUAAUGUAGAAACAUGUUGAGGUAAAUACGUAGAAAAAAGUGCCUGCGGCCGGUUGUGUAAAAACGUUAUUAAAGUUAUCUGCAAUUUGAAUGGGUUAACUACCGUUCUUAGCAUAGGUAAUAGGAUGGUUUCUAGUUUGUGCAAUUUGGAAAAAAACAUGCAAGACUGAGUUUUUCAAAGAGCAUCAAAACAGCGAGAGUCCGAAGGACGAAAGUUGUUUUUGAGGUCUUUGAAAAACUCACCAGUGCCUGGUUCAUCCAAAUUCCACGAAAACUAUCCUAUUAUAUUUUAAUAAUAUACAUAAAAAAAAACGUUUGUUUUAACGUAAGUUUAUCGUGAACCGUCCACUGGCAAAAUUUUCCGGGCUUUGUUAUAUGACAUUAUACAACGCUAACAGCAUGAAAAUUCCAGUCAACUAUAUGUAUGUUUUGUUGGUCUUGUUCUACAUGGCCAGAAAUUAAGGACUUGCGCCCGCAAAAUAUCUCAGCGGUUUUUCUUAUGAAAAGUUAUUCAUACCUAACAAACGCACGUUUUAACUAGAAAACUACAUUUUGCUUAGUUUUUUGUUUAACUAAAGCAGAAAAAUAGAUAUAUUAGGUAUUGUCGGCCUUUUACAUACCUUUCAUUUAUUAUGAUGGGAUAUAAAGUGAUGCGCAUGGUAAACGACUCAAAUAUUUUGUGUAUACUUCGCUAUCCCUCCGUGUAGCCCACACUGGAAGAAAGCGAGGUUCCUAAGCUUCUUGUUGAUAUCAAACAUGGACGACAAUUCAUGAAACGUCGUUCUUCUUGCAAUGUUUUACGGCCUACGGAUAGGGUAUUUCUGGGUAAAAUAUCAACAUUUUGUCCCGUAAAUUGGAACAAGUUAAAAAAUUCGUAUAACUAUAAAAUUAUGCAGACAAGCAGGAGACAACCUUUAUUUUACGACGCAAUGUAUGCAAAUUUCAUGAAGGGAUCGAGGGAUAAUGCGGCGCGAGCAAAUGUACGUUUCCAACGAUUUUCUCAAGUUUUACUAUACUUUAUUAUACGCCGAUGUACUAUAAAGUGAACUUCAAUAAUGGAAAAAUUAUAAGUAAGAUUUCGAUGCGAAACUUUUCUGUUUUACGGCCCAGAUAUAAUUUUUAUUAUUGCGAAGUCUGCAAAUGACAUAGCCAUUAUCAGACAAGUUUAAAUUUAAAAAAACCGCGCCGCUCCUAAUGAUUUAUAUAUAACAAAUCCGCCAUUUUGUUUGUCAAAGUUCGCACAUGCUCAGAAUCCAAGUCCGCAAUUUCUGGCCAUGGGUAAAGGUUUUUCCAUUAAAAAAAGAAAUAAAAGCCAUACUUUCCAACCGAAUUCAACCUUUAUAUAUUGCGGCGUCAUGUUUGUUUUGUUUUGUUUUAAAGCAAAGUGUGACUGUUACUUGAGAACUGCAUGCUCUAAACUGAUUGGUUGAUGUUGUGAUGUCCACACCGGGCAAGCUGAAAAGGCCAAGUUAACUUUUCAGCUUGCCCGGUGUGAACACAUGGAGCCCAUCCCGGAUCUUAUCGAAGUUAUGUAUUAGAAUUAUGUAUGAAAUAUAUAGCUCAGUGUCGAAUCCUGCGAUUUGCGGGCUGUGUGCGGGCUAACGCGCGCUUUGAAUACACAAUAAAGGAAAUAGCAACAUCGACGAGUGCCUGGAAGCAUGUGUUCCAUAGGUUGCUAUGACAUUGACAAAUUAUCGACUUAAGUUUCCAUAAAUUUCAGUGAAAGAACGUCUUUCAGAAAUUACCUUUCUGAUUACAAACAUGUCAUCCGCAACUAAUUUGCAAAAUCAAAAGAAUUUGCGGUUUACUGGUAAGUUAAUUCAUAUAUUUUUGAAAUUUUCACGUCCGACCGAGCGACGGGCCGAUCACUGAUUUUGAAAUUUGUUUUAUAUGUUUUUAAAAUUUUAUAUGUGUUUUAUAUUCGAAUAUGCCAACAAGUACAAUAAUGUUUAAUAUUAAUAUUUUCCAAAUGAUUGUAGAGAUCUGUGGAGUGUGUAGUAGGAAAUAAUUAAGCAUUUCAGCAUGUCAUAACAACCUGUGGAACACAUCCCGACACAUCCAAACGUUCACUGCUGUGCGAUCAAUUGAAAUAUUUCUCCUCGUUAGCAACUACUUGUAAGGUUUUGGCUAGACGAUAUGAAAGAACAGGCCCUAGUGGACCUUACAACAUAAUAAAACUCUGACCUUUUUUAUUUAACCACAAUGAUAUUGUGCUUUGAAUUUUGGGCUUCGAGGCAAUAUUAUUUUCUUUAUUGUGUAUUCAACACGCGCGUUAGCCCGCACACAGCCCGCAAGUCGCAGGCUUCAACACUGAGCUAUAUAUUUCAUACGUAAUUCUAAUACAUAACUUCGAUAAGACCCGGAAUGGGCCGGCUCCUCUGGUACCGGUGUGGAUGCACGCUCAGAGUAACAUCGCAACAUCAUAUACACCUGGGUACAUAACACCAAACCGCAGAAAAUGAUUAGUUGAUUUUAUCAUCAUAUUGUUUUUCCACAGUUUGUUACUGGUUAAUGGUUUGUGCGCUGUGAUAACUGAAAAUUGCACUGUGAUUACAACAAAUUGAACUGUGAUUACAACAACAUGCACUGCAGUUUGAGAUUAACUGCCAAAACAUGAACCAAUCACAGUCGAGUAAUAUUUUUAUGUAUAUUAUUAUACGAGAAAUAGGGAAAUCAAUUUGGCAUUACUUACGCCAAAAAACGAACAAUAUGAAAAAGGCUUUUGUCUAUUGGCGGACUUGGCUCAAGUCCGUCUCAGGAAAAAAAUAUAGGGAGAGAAGGACUUGGGACAUUUGCAGCAUUUCGAAUGUUACUUUCAAAAAUUGGCGCGAAAAUUUGUUGUUGUUCUCAAAUCGCAGGAAAAAUGCGUAGGUAAAAUGCGACGGUAAAAUUUGGCGCGCUUGCAGGGUAUGCAAGUUCGUCUCUCCCUACUUUUCACUCGUAUUUUGGCGCCCUAUUUGACCGCUAGCGUGCAUCGCUAUUUUCAACCCCUUGAGAGAUGGACUUGAACCAAGUCUAUAUACAGAGGUGAUGAGGUUUGGAAUAACUUUUCCACUGCAAUAAAAUAUACUAAUACUGGAAAUUUAUUUCCAGCUUUUGAAUUCAAAUUUUAAAACCAUUGAUAAUUUGAGUGAACAUCACAUUAUCUUUUUCCCUUCUUCUUUAUUUCCCAUUAAAGGUGAUGUGAAGAAGAUAACAUUUAGUAUAACCAACUAUACUUUGUAUAUAGUCUUUGAUAAUUGUUUAAACUUAUAUUUGUAUUUUGUAACCUUAAUUAUUACUGUAUGCAUGUAACUGUAAAUAAUUUCUGAAAAACCCUAUUAGGGAGAAAUUUAUUAAAUAUCUAUCUAGCUAUCUAUCUAUCUGUAAAAUCCGUAAUGUAAACAAACGCUUUGUUUACAUUUUGGACUAAGUGCUAGAGUUGUAAUGAUUAGAUAUAUUUUAUACUGAAUUUUUAACAAUUUUCUGCUUCGCUAUGCUUGUGAAUUAAUACAGACUAAAGAUUCAAUUCAAGAAAGUUCGGAAGGUGCGAAAUAUUAAGAACAUUCUGGUGGUCGGGACCCGACCAUUGCAUUGUAGGCCUGCGCAGAACGUAUGCGCACGACCGAUUUACAUCACCUUUAAUAUGUUUGUAAAUAAUUAAUCUUGUGAAAUAGUACUGGCCGUUUUUAAUAAAGUCAAUAAAGUAGAAAUGUGAAUAAAGUAAUGUGUGAUUA